GGGCGAUAAAGCGGAGCGCAUUCCUGCACAGCGCUCACACCGGAGCACGAGUCGCGGUGGAGAAGCUGCACAGACCGCAUCGCCUCACCGGGGCCGGGAGCUCACCUAAAAACCUCACACAGGAGGGGAAGGAAGUGCCGGGUAUCGCCUGAACAUUGCGGUUUACAUGUUCAGCAGCUUCGGCUGAGGGAAACGUUGUGUGUACGAGGACUGGACGCUGCCAUGUCGGAGUUUCUGGUGAGUCUGCUCGGGGAGCGGCUCGUCAACAGCGAGAAAGCCGAGGUGGACGUGCAGUCGCUGGGCACCAAGCUGUCCCUGGUCGGGCUCUUCUUCGGAUGUAGCCUGAACGCGCCGUGCAAGCAGUUCAACGCUAGCCUGUGCGAGUUUUACAGCAGGUUCAAAAAGACGUCUGAACACAAGGAUAAAUUGGAAAUCGUCUUCAUCUCGUCUGAUCAGGACCAGAAACACUGGCAAGACUUUUUACAGGAGAUGCCGUGGCCUGCGUUACCUUUCAAAGACAGACACAAAAAGGUAAGACGGGCUGUGGGGUGAUGUGGAAUCAGUGCUCGGUCUCUGGAUGGGGUUUUUCUCUGUGUUUAGUGGGCUGGAAACUCACAGAAAACCUCAUGUGUGGACUGUGUGUUACUCCCCUGUCAAUGCACAGGUGUAUGCGUUAAUUUGGCUCAUUAGAUUGUUUUCUCCACAAUAUUACCCUCAUUUUCAGCUUGAUCUACUUUAACCUCUUUAAUCAGGUGGACUUCUCUCAUCUUUAAAUGAUCUGUUUUGCAAGAAAAUCUGAACUCACCCACCUACAACUGUACUGUAACACUAACAAACAUCCUGCAAAUUCAGGGCAGCCACUUCAGGACACAUUAAGUCUAAAGACAGUGAAAAAAAAUAUCCUGAAAAAGUCAAUAAUGUUAGGAAAAAUAUCACAAUCGGUCAGAUGUCAAUUGCAAUUGAUAAAAUUAAAUUAAAUUAAAUUUUACACUCUGCAGAUUGGAAAGAACCCAUUUUAGCACCUACUCUAAUUUUAUCAAGCUCAUCUAAACAUAGCACUCCAGACAUUCCUGACUUACUACCAAGAAACACAGGCUCAAUUUCCCGUUUUUUCUUUCCACCCUCUAACAAAUCCUUUCCUUCCACUCAAUCAGUAUUGACACAUAAUAUUUCAGAUGGAUGCCUCGGAGCACAGUUGUUGUUUCUAUCACAGAUGAAGCUGUAGGAGCCUGGUAAAGGCCUUUUUAGUUUGCCAACAUGUCACUUAAAGCCUGCAGUUUUACCUGACAUGCAAGAGGUCACCAGUGCAGAUUUUUAGGAUUUACAAUAGUUAACUACUCUGAUUCUUUCUGCAUAUUUCUGUAUUAGUCUAGAUAAUUUUUUUGUCUAUUUUUGCAUGUAGAUUUACCAAUAAAUAUCCAUGUGUCAUAUUCGCUUUACAGGGGAAUAGAUAGGGGAAUAGAUUUUACUUUAAGGUGUGAGUAAAAUAUUUAAUUUGUAGUCGGCUGAAUUAUAUUUACUUUAAUCCCAGAUAAUUAAAAAUGGACUAUUAUUAUUAUUUUAACUUGCCUGGGGUGGAGGAUUAUUUAUCGGUUGGUGAGAUUUGCAGCAGUGUAAACAUGCAGCAUUCAGACAAUGAUGUUGCAUUUGUUGUCUGUGAGCUGCUGAAUGGAAGUGGGCCUUUACACUGUCCUGUGUGCAGCACAGGUGUCCGUCUCUCUCUGUUUUUAAUAUAAAUAUUCUGCAAAUCAGGAUAUAAUAGGUGCAGUUUUGCAUAAUGUGCACGUCAGUGAAAGCAGGUUUUUGUUAGCAAAAUAAAACAGAUUUAAGAUGGAUCAUGGUGAAAAGGAUGUUGACCCUACAAGGUCCGAUUAUACCUGUAAGAGCACAUAUUUUAAAGACUAAAUCUGAAACUGAAACUCUGACCAGAAGAGCUUAAAUAUUAAGCAGCCUACGUCUUGUCUGGUGUUUGUCAAACAGGUUGCAUCUUCCUUGUUUAACCCUCUUCCUGCUCUUUGUGCAGGUGAGGCGUGACUUGGACUGAAUUAUUGUGUCGUAAAUUUUUCCAGCUCGCCAAUGAUGAUUGCUGUUACGCUUCAUUAUAAAGUCCAGGCGUGAACGAGGCUCGACGAUGACAGGGAGAUGUGGGGGUUGUACUGUUGUUGUCUGGGGCGGAGCACAUCCAUCGCCACGGUGCAGCGUUAUUGUGUUGGAGAUGCUGGUGGAAAGAUGUCUGUGCCAUCAUCAUAACCAUUGUUACCACUCCUGUCGGUGGUCUGCUGGCUGUGUCGGCCUUAUGCGGAUAGACAACACAAUCUGUGUGUGUGUUGGUGUGUCGGUGUUGUGCAGAGGCCUGCAGCUGUGGUGCAGUUUGGGCUCCAUCCAACAUUAGGCCUGUUUGUUUUUUUUCACCAAUAUAGACAGCAUCAUUAGGAUGGCCACAGUGUUUUAUGAAUAUGACAUCUCCUGAGGCAUGCAGAGUGCUAAAGUGCCUCAUUAUCCUUCAAUUUAUGAUCCGUGUUGUAACCAGAAUUUUUUUUGUUUGAAUUUUUUCUCUUAUUUUACACAAACAAGGUGGCUGAUUUCCUUUUUUUUCCCUUAUAAGUUUUGUCGAUUUAGUUAGUCGUGAACAUCCACAAUAAAACGCGUCCAUCAACAGAUUGUUAAUCAAACAGUGAGACACACUUUGAGACAAAAAAUGCCGAAAAUGCACGCUCCAUUUUCUAUACUUUUCAUUCUCCAGUGUGAUAAUUAACUUUAUCUCUGGGCUUUGGGCUGCUGGUUAAACAAAACAAGCUGUUGUUAUACAUCAGAUUAGGCUGAGGGAAUUCACAAUGCAUGUUGCUCUCUGGUUUUUGGACAAAUCAUGGACUAAUUGAAAAACAAUCUUCAACUAAUCACUGAUUAAUUGAUACUGAAAGCAACUGUUAAUUGCAGUUGUAAUUAGUUGCAUAUUGUUUAGGGAUUUCUGUGUCCAAACGGGGCACAGUGUGGUCAAUUCAGGACAAAAAUGCACACAUUUUCAUUUCUGGGCUAUAAUUAGAUGUGUCUGACUGAGGUGUGAGAUUCAUAUUUUGCAAACCAGGAAGUGUGAAUUCGCUGCAGAUAGAAUUGGACGGCACACACAGCUGAGGAUGACCCUGGCAUGUGUGAAUGUAAACGCUCAGAGGAGCUAUUUAGCUCAUACGUGCUAUCAGCAGAGCUAACUUGGUGAGUCAUGCUGACCCAGUGGUUGUCUGUGUUGAUGUUGUGGCUCUGCAGAGACUAAGUGGCCCUCUCACCUCUCCUCUUCAGCAGCAAGCUGAGCUCAUCUACUGAAAGACGUAAUUUCUCCUCAAUCGUGUCUUUCAGAGCCUCCAUGUCCACCUAAGAAUCUCUGACUGUACCUCCUCUUCCUCCUCCUCCUCCUCCUGUGACUUGGCGCUCCCUCCCUCACUGCAGACCGUCCUCUUUUCUCUCUGGAGUUAUCCAGGCCUUCCCGUUGCAGGAAAUGUUUGUUAUUUAAUCAAGCGGGGAUAAUAUUCUUGAUUAAAUACAGAGAGAAAGGAAAAAUCCGGGCCAAUCCUUUUUUCAAUCUGUCCUUUGAGGAGAGUUAGGCGGUCUUACGCAAUUCUGAAUCUGUAUUUUAGCCAACAUAAAUAUACUUCAAAGAGUAAUAGGUCUUUUUCCCUGGAGCAACUAUAACUAAUUUAGCUUUUUCUUAUUUGCAUGCAACCCUUAACUGAAAGAAGUCUUUUUAAUUUCAUAUUUUCCAUUCUUUUAAAUCCCGUAAAGCCAAUAGGUCAGGAUGAUUGUCUCUCUGAAUAGUACAGAGGAAAUCCAUUAGUGUUUGUCUUGCAGGACCCUCAAAUACCACGCUCGGAGAAAUUAGACGUCUGCUUGUUGUCCAGCUGUCCGCCUGUCCUCUUGGCUUUCUGGCUGGCACUGCCUUACAUGGACUUGCGAGCAGAGUUUUGUGUAAAUCAAUUAAAGCCUUGGCUAAAGCAAAGUGAAAACCCAACUCCAGCAAAGAGAGGGGGAACACGCUGAUGUGCUGCCAGAGCUGCUCCUGCUGGACACCGGAGGGGGGGAGGAGGAUCACGUCUCAGUGAGAGAAAGGCCUCUUGUUUGAGUCCUUCUGCUCGAACGUUCUGCUCUGCAGCCAGGCCCCCAUGAGGCAGGACGCCCGCUUGCUCGGCUGGCGGCCAGGGUCUGAGUGCGCCGAGGGGCUUCGAAGAGGGGCUGAGUUCACCUUUCAUCAAUAUGUCACUAAUCUGCUGAAAACUGCAGUGCUCAAACUGUCAUCCCUCCUCUCCUGGUGACAGCAGAAAUGACUCGAAAAGAGGUCUGAACUGUUUUAUCUACAGGUGGUUAGUCCUCUUUUCAUCUGUCGCGGCUGCAUUGAGCUUUUUCGGGGUCUCUACCUUAAUAAUUUCUCCUUUUUGUUAUGCUCAGUCAAACCAUAUGUGCUAAUGCCGUCCACAGACUGAGACACUUUGAGGCUUGUGUGAUGUGGAACAUCUGUAAUUAAUAGCUCAAGGGAUUAAUUCUGGGAUGCAGAGAGGAUGUGCUCAUCAUCGGUUUUCUCUGUACUCAAGCUUUUGGCAACAAACCUCGUGGAUGUAGUCAGCAGGAUGCCAAACUGAGGUGCGCAGGACAACCAGGCAGGAAGAAGACAAAUGUAAAACAUCUCUCACUGUUCCCAAAGACAGUCGGAGGGAAAAUUUGCCUUCAGAAUCUGCAGAAUAUCGAAGCACCAAAGAAUAAGGUUAAUACAAGAUGAUUUACAUAUGCAGAGUAAACUAAACCGCUUUAUAACCACAGCGAGGUUAACAGUAGAGGUCUAUCAUGUCCUUCCCCACAUACUGUGAAACAGUGGCUCUCACUUUCCAGGUCCCCGACUCCGAUCAAAGCAAGACGCCUAUUACAAAGUUAGCUCUGCGACUUAUUGAGGGGAAAAAAAGCUAAUCCUUACUUCAAGGCAUUUAACCCCGGCAGAUUAAACGACUUGUGAAACCCAAGAAUGACAGUUAUCCUCAAAUUUCAUGCCGUCUGAGUUCUUGAGGAGGUUCGAAUUUAGUUUUAAUACCUCACAAGACGGAAAAGACUGUAAAAUCCUUUAAAAAUAACUAAAAAGGUCUUGAUUGUGUCUGAAUGCAAACAUAAGGGUAUUUUAAACACAUUCAUGACCGUGCAGUCUCUUUAUAUUGCAUACUUUUAAUCCCUAUUUCUGAUGCAGAAUCAUUAAUUCGUAGAAGCUUUGGUCCUGGACCUUCAUCAGGCAAACAGUUUGUUAGAAAUGUGAUCGUGCUUUGCAUCUAUUUAUUUAUUUAUUUGUUUAUUUGACGGGGACAAAUGCAGUAAACAUUGCUUCAUUAGUUACACAAAGUAGAUGUCAUGCAUACUAUGGCUAAUUUACAACUCUGUUCCAGAAAAUACAAUACUACAACACUACAAUGUUCAAAAAAGAAGGAUACCAGCAGAAAUGGAGACAAAGACAGUCGAACAAUGACUACAUAUUUGCAUAUGCAGAAGUUGUGUGUACGUAUGUGUGUUCUCUGAUUUUAGAGUCAGUUUCUUUGUGUAAAUUCUGUCAAUAUCUGUCUUAAAGUCUUUCAUACUUUUGAACCUCUCACUGAUCAAAUGUUAUCCUACAUUUUGCUGUUUAAUAGUUUCCUCCAGUUCUGAAUAUGCUGCUUUAAUUAAGAACCAGUUAAGUUGUUCACUUAAAAAAACAAAAGUGAAUGAAAAGUUCACAAAACUACCAAAAUUCAGUUUAUUGUACCUCCGUCUACUUGAAGCCGUGAUACCAUCCAACAGAUUUCUGAUCCACUAUUUUCAGGGCCUGUUUAUAUUAUAAACUCAAUGGUGCAUUUGUGUGUCCUGGACUCAAAUAGAGACACAAAAAUAAGCGGAAACAUUGCAGAUGACUUAUUUUUCUUAAUGUAACCUCACGUUUACGGUUGAGAAGCUGAGGUUUAUUAUCUACUCUUUUUGCUUGUUUAUUGACUAAUAAAUUAGGUUUGUUGCUUUUGCUAGUUAAACUGUGUGCAGAGUUUUUACAUGUUUGAAUCAUCAGCCUCCUUUUGCUGCAUACUUAUUCUGUGAAAUCAUAAUUUGAAGCUUUUUCCUGCUUUUAUAACAGAAGUACCUUUUUAAAAGAUAUAAUUGUGUGUAAUAAUUGUGAUUACAGAGAUUACUCUUGUGUUAAGAGAGAGAGGGGUACAAGGAGUUAAAACAGCCGUCUUAAACGCUCCAUGGCUUCAUCAGUCUGCAGAGUUUAUUUAAAGUCUUAGUAAGCUGACCUUGUACAAACUGCUCCUUUGAUUUCGGUCUGAAGUUCGCUUGCCUUGCUGCACUGCUGUACUUUAAUGCGACUCCAUUGUCCUGCAGCUGCGAGGCCUCGUUUCUGUGCACUGUGUUUGACAGGAGCUUAUGUAAAGAAUGUGGGCACACACACCUGCUCUGUUGAAGCCAGGGGGCAUGGAAACUGUGUGUUUGUGAUGGCUGGAGAUACUUGGCAGUGCCAGCUGUUCCAAGCUUGUGUUACUGUCCCCUCUCUCUGCCCAUUGUGUCCUUUUUUACUCUGAGAUCUGUAAUAUUGUGAGAGGUGACAAUAGAGAUCUAAUCAGAGGUGAAGUUCAGAGGCUUAGGUUACCCAAGUGAGAGUUUGGGAACAGUCGGACUGUGUGUCUUGUAAAACUCAUUCCCUCUUGCAACUUAAUCUGUUUUUGCUCCCGUUAUCUACCCGUUAAAAGACAAAACACUAUAGUUGUCAGGCUGUAACCUCCGUCCACUAUCCACAAAACCGCUGAAACGAGACUCUGGGACUGACUUUUCCUCUCUGUCCUCGUGUUUUCCAGCUGGACUGCUCCUGGACGCUGUGUGGUUUUCAGUCACGACUUUCCACAGCGGAGUGACGUUAAAGAUAAUAGACAUGGCUAAUGUGUUCACCACCGUGUCUGCAGUAGCUCUCGAUGAGAACAACAGAUGAUUCAUCCGCUUGCGUACGUUAUCCCAAACCGGUCUCAAUUGUCACAUACUUAGCAGUGAAAUCAUCCAAACCAGUGCGGCGUAAAGUUCAGCAUGCAAUCACUCGAUUUAAUUUUGGAUUCCACUGAUGACAGGGGAGCAGCUCAGUCACAGCGUCUUUCCACGGAAAAAAGAUGAUUCUCAUUUUGAUUCACAAAUCCACCAUCAUCUGCUGUGUAUGUCUUAUUUUAUUGCCACUGCAACCACAUCCAGGAGGUUUGUUCGCCUUUCUCUCAGAGCUGAAAACACUUCAUGGACGGUUUGUUGUGCCUGGACCCUCCCCCCACUCAAUCCUCCGGUCUCUAAUUGCCCCACACCACAGCUCUGCAGCCCCUUCCAACAUAAUAACAGCAUAGCCGCCCCAGGGGCAUCCUGCCAUCCAGAGCUGUCUUUCGUCCUUCUUUUGUUAUCUCUCCUAGAUUGAAUGUUGGCUCUUUGUGAUUGCAUAGUUUCCCCCUCAUCAUCCCCUACUGAUCGUAUUUCUGAAGCCAAAUGAAAAAGACACAAUGAUUGAUCCGUGCUUUAGACUGUCUGCACUCUAUGAGAAUUUCAAUUUCUAUCACAGACACUCCCUGAAACCUAUCUCCUUCAGGAUAUCUGCUCUAUCAGUGAGUGGCAGCGCUGAUUACAUGUAAAUUUAUUCAUAGUAUGAAAAUUCCUGGCGUGGUAGGUUUUCCCUCGGACGAUAACCUCUUCCUUUCCAUGUGACCGUUACCCUUUCUCUCUCUUAAGGAAGUAGCAUUUUGUAUUUGCAAGCUGCAAACCCCCCUUACUGCCAAGAGAAAGCAGCAUCCAUGUCCAUGCAGCUUCUGGUCUAGAUGCUCCCCACAGAGACUCUGUGUCCCAGCAUGUAGUGUGGCACACCCCACCAGCCUGCUGUCUUGCUGACAGUUUUACUGUCGCAUGAGGUGAAGGGAUUGUUAUCGAAGGAUAAAAACAGGACAAAUAUAUCUGUUCUCUGUAACUGCGAGCCCUUUUUCCAGUUAUGUUUCCAGAAAUAAUCAGCUUUGUCAAAUAUCUUUAGUUUUGUGCCACACUGGAUAACAGUGGAAAUGUGUAGAAGGAUGGAUGAAGGCUUAAAAAAAAUGACCAUUUAGAUAAGAAGGUAAAAAUUUUGAGUGGAUUUUCUAAUGUGUGUGAGGCUAAAAAUACUUAAUUUAGCUUGCUCGCCAGUAUCUAGUAAGUAGUUAGCUGCGAUGGUUAAAAUGGUUAGCUGCAAAAAAACGUUAGCUAUAUCAGACUGUUCAAGCUGAAAGAAAUGAACAGCAACAGAAAUUGAUCAUUUAAGGUUGUAGAUAAACUGUUAGCUAAAGUUAUCUUAAUACAGGGCCUGACACUAACUUUUUUCACAAGGGGCACAUGUGCACCGAGGUUGAAAAAGUAAGGAGCACACAAAGAACUUAAGGGGCACAAUGAAAAUUUUUCGACAUUAAUACUUUUAUUUGACAUCAAUUUAAAGUCAAUUGGUCACAUGACAUGGAAGCUAUUGAAGGAAAACAGCCUUUUCUGAGAACAUCACCCGGUAAUUUAUUGACGGUCCCUUAAUUCAACACCUGACGCUGUCAGCUAGGGUGCCGAGUAGAUUUAACCGCGCUGUUGUUGCUAUUCCUGGUUAUGGGGGGUGAGAAGACACCAGUAGAUCUGAGUGAAUGUCCGUCAAAUAUCCAACUUAAAACAUUUGUUGCCUUGGCUAAUUUUUUUAUGUGCACAUGUGCCUCUAAAUACGCUUUACAGAUCGCACAAAUCUAUUUUUAGUCGCAAAUGCGAGUGAAAUGGUCGAACUGUCGAGCCCUGUAAUAAAACCUUUACCUUAACAUUCAAAGAAAAAAAUCCAACAGAAACAUUUAACUAAUAGAUUAUAGAAAAACAGGUCGAAGUAUUUGGCUAAAAGCAGUAAAUACAGUUAAAUUAGUUACAUAAAAGUAAGUAACAUACAGCUAAAAUAAGGGCUUUACGAACAAACAUAGUAAGCUAAUAAGGUAGUCUUCUCGAGGUAAACAGUAAGCUUAAGCUAAAAGACAAACCGGUGAAAUAGUCGACUACUUAACCCAUAUAGUGAGUUUAAACCGACUGAAAAACCCUGAAUUAGCUUUAAGUAAGUUUACAGAUGAUUGCUUGGAAAGUUUAAGUGCUCCUUCCAGCUGGAUGAGAUUUGAUUCAACAUAAACCUGAAAAGCUGAAAGUCUGCUGAAUGACAGAAUAACUCAGCUACUUCACUGUAAUGGUGAAUCAAAUGUAGGCCUAUACUUAAAACACAACAAGUGGUGUGUGUGUAUAAAGGGGGGGAAGCCGUAGCUCAAAGGACGGCCUGGAUACAGUAACCGCUGUGCUUUGUAAGGACAGUGAUGGUGGUUGUUUAAAGCAUAAAGACAGAGGAAAGAGAGGAGUAGUAGUCCUUGCCUCAGGCUGACCGAGUACUGUAUGCGGAUGGAGAAAACGCUUCACUCCACUCCUUUGGGGUUUGUGGGCUUCUAAAUGCUGCAUGACAGAGGACAGAAAAGCAUCCAGGCCACAUCUUCAAGGAGUUAAGUAGAUAUAUACAGAAAAACUCAAAGCCAAUGCAGUGAAUCUUUUUUAUUGUCUGUCACUGCGAUCUCAGAGAGCUUGGGAUUUUUAAUCAUGUUGAUGGAUUUGUGAGACAGCUUGAUGUGAUUUUCCAUACGUGAACCCCGAUGAAGAUACACUGAAUGGGGACAUAUGGUUUACAUUUUAGUAACAGGAUGAGAAAACUGACAAAUAAACAACAAUGACGUUAUAUUUUCACAUUUAACUGAAAAUCAAGCCAGCUAAAGGGAUAUGAUACGUCUAUUGAGCGUCAAGCUAAGAGUUUUUCAGCAUGUGGAUUUAAAUAUACUUAUUUUUGCAGCAGCUGAAAGAGACCAGGGAAUCAUGCAGUUAAUUUAAAUGCCAUCUCUGCUAAGUUGGCAUAUUGCAUUGAAAAAAAAAAAUGAGGAGAGUCUGGCUGAGGCAUAACUCAUGGCCUGUAGUUUGCUCAUUAUCCUGCUAAUAUCCAGAGAGUCACUUGGAAUCGUUUCCCCUCCCCGCUCCUCCAGGAAACAGCGCACCAACAAACAUGCCUGAAUUUGGAUCAUUUAAUGCCUUUUCUAUUUAGAGUUUUAAUGUAAAUAUCCAAAAUUGACUGCAGCUGGGGUCACCGAGUCUGCUCUGCCUGUGUGGUUUAACACUGCGGUGUAAACACACUCCCCACAUGAUUGCACAUUAUAUCAACUUGGACAAAUGGUUGUGUUGAUAUUCUCGUGUCGGUGUCAGUCAUUGUGCGUGUGCAUGUCUAAGUCACAUGAUUCUCUGGAAUAUAUUAGUGAGAUAUUAUUCAAGGUCAGCGGUGGGCAGUAGAAAACUAGUUCUGCAGGGCUGCUUUAAAAUAAACCCAUGCUUUUCAUUAUCAGGAAGGCGGUGGGGUUUAUUUAUGCCAGUUUUUUCUGACAAAUAUCAAAUAUUUACCAGCUUCAUUAUGUCUGUGUUCACAUGGUUACAGGUGUGGAGUUUGUUGGGUUUAGGUUUAGGCCUCCACCAUCCUAUAGGUCAGACAUCCAUGUAAUUAUCAGCUUUAUCUGCCAAAUACUGGAGAAAAGUCACUGACUAGAGUUUGAUAAUAAAUUCUGUUGUGUGACUGAUUUCAGAGAGCUGGGCAGAAAUCCAAAAGCAUUGUAGUAACAUUUUACUUUACAAGUUCAGUGUUAUUUUUCCCCCAUUGUUUGAAUUAUCAUACUGAAAAAAACAACUAUGUGAAAUCAGCAUUAUAUAUAUCAGCCAGUGUCUGACUUGCUCAGUAUCAGCCGUUGAAAAACUGAUAUCGAUUAACCACGACUUUUAAAUAUCGUGUUUUUCACACUAUAAGGCGCACUUAAAAUCCUUCUGGCUUGUGGGAGCACUGCAGCUACCGUAGCCUAACACAUGUUUGGUCGACAUCAUCCUUCUUGUAACCGAAAUAAUUUCAGAUAACUGACUUUUCUUUUCUUUUUGGCAACAAGUCUUCUUGUUCGUGGCUCAUUUUGCGAUCGUUGUUGUUGUUACCGGUGUUGUGCCGAGAAACACAUGCCAGACGAGAAUUGCAUGCACCUCCCAAAACGCGGACCGCUUGUAGUAGAGUGGUCCAAGGAAAUGUACAAUUUAAAACCCAUACAAUUCUUAUUUGUGGGGCUAAAAAGUGAUGAGUAAUAUUCUGAAAGUAGUUCUCAGCGGACACACGUUUCUUGGCACAACACCGGCAGCGCCAACUACUCACUCCAUGUGCAGGGGCAUGGUUUUCUCCUCUCUGAUUUUGAUUGACGGCUGGCAGAGUAGUCUGAUUGGCAACUGAGUAAAGAACAAAUGUGAUUGGUGGAUCGCUGCACAGCACAUGCAGAGUCAUGCAGUGUAUCUCAGUCAGCUACUCUUGAUAUUAGAUGAGUUCACUCGCCUCCGACAUCGCAGGCUAUGCAAUGUGUCUAUCGCGCAUACGUACAUCACGAUAACGAUGCUCAAAUGAUAUAUCGUACAGGCCUAUUUUAUUCUACGAACAUGUUUGUUUUAAAAAUGAGUUGUUUUGAAUGGGUGUGUAUGUGGCUUUUAGGCCCGUGCGUCCAGCCUCUAGUGGACACUUGAGGAACUGCAGUGUUAUCAUUUCUUCACCGGCUCCUUUUCUCGCUGGAAGUUGCUGCUCGCUUUAAGCCAAGAGGGAACUCAUGAGUUUGGCAAAUGUACAUUGUUUUCUUUGGGGGGGAGGUUUUUAUUAGCCUUUAAUGCCUAAAAUCCAAACACAUGUUGAAAGUAUGUUUCUCUUUUCAUAAACUUUAAAACUGAGGCUGCCCAAAAUAAUCAUGUCCAACUUUAUGCUUUUAGGUUGUGCAAUAAAAUCUACUCUAAACAAAACCUGUUUUUUUUUUAUUAAAAGUAUUGUGUGUCCAAGUCCAGCUUGUUUGUUCACCUCAGCUGCCAGUGGAGUAAACAAGCGCAGAUCUUGACCUUGCUGCUGAGAAACACAUGGACGCUUUAUAAUAUACAAGAGCUACAGGCCAGAUGAUGCACUGAUGGCUGCCCAUAUGGAGGUGUUGGCAGAGUUGCUGGCUGUAACAGGGGGAGAAAUUAGAGGAAAGACUCGUGGAGGCUGGGUAACACACUAAGCUGUCAUGGGAGGUUCUGCUGAUUACGAGAGUGAGUUGAUUCUCUUUGAACACCCUCAGAUGACGGAGCAGCCUUGGAUUCAUGCUAUCAGUGAGCCUGGAGUGUUUCCUGUUUUCUGAGGCUGUCUUGUCUGUACGUUUUUCCAGCUGUCACAUCCCAUUUAAAAAUCAACAAGGCUACGUCUUUGUCCAAUAAAAAAAAACCCACAUGCAUUCCUCACAUAUUACAGCUCGUGUAGUUGCACAGAGGAAUGCGCUCUUCAGAAACAGCCUCACACAAAUCAUCAGACACUUUUUCCCGGUAGAGUGACGAGACCCCCUGCUGAGACCGCUCUGUGGCUUAGCUCGGCCUCCGCGUUGGAGGCUAAUCGCUGUUUUGAUUAGUCUUUUUUGGCCCAAUCUGUUUGCAUGGAGCGGCGAUCCCACGGCCACGUUGAAUGAAAGGGUUUAUCAGCUUAAGCCUGUUGUUAGGAGCAAAAGAGGUCUCAUCUUUUCACUGAGGAACUAGAGAAACCCCUCGGACACAAGUGUCCAGGCAAUUAGAGACGGCGGGGGCCUCAAAGAGAGAGAUUACUGGCACACAGAGUCGCGGUUGGCUUCUUUUCUCGUCUUUAACAUUGUUCAGGCGUUGUUCAGACACAUGAUGAUCACUGCUGUGGUUUCUUCAAAGGCGGUGGAGGAGAAGAUGAUGAAACAGUCUCAAGGCGUCGAUCUCUAGAAGUUUUGGAGUUGAAGACUUUUAAGCUGUUAUUUAGAUUUAACUUAAAUAGAGAGUUUAAGUCUAUUUUGCAGACCAGACAAACAUCUUAAAUGAUGUUUUUGUGGGUUAGGAUAACACUGUUGUCUCUGUGCUUACUUGUCUAAUGUGAAUAUUUGUGUCUACUUUAACUGGGCUCUUUGCAAAGACACAGAGAUACCAUUGUGCAGCAGCUGUUAACCAGCCAGUCCCUUAAGGGUGAACGUCAUUCAUUCAUUCGCCCUUUGUACCUGUUGUUGGAGUCAGAGCUUUAAAUGUUUGAUUAGUGUAGAUAUUAAACAGACUGACAACUGAGUUUCUUCCCCUUUGAUUGAGACCUAAAGAGACCUCCAUUCAUGAUUAAAUCUGGUGUGAUAUUUCGAAACUGUUGAGAAUAGCUAGAGUUUGAUUUUAUACUUGCAUAUAUUUACAUUUUACAGCAGGAACUUUUCCUGUAACUUUUGAUGAACUCAAGAACCAGGGUCUAAAUUUAGAUUCAGAGGCAUAAAAAAAUGAAAUAAGAGUUCCCCUUUGCUUUUGUAGGUCAUAAAAUUAAAUGAUUAUUUAUUUCAGUCUGUUUCACAACUCCAUAAAAAGCGAGUAAGUAAAUAAGCAUCACGUAAUGUUUCAUAAUCCUGAUGAUGCCACACAGAGGCUGCAAACUUCUGCAAUAUUUAACUCAGUUUUAAAAAGCAUUUGAAGUCUGAAUAUCGUCCAAUAAGUGCUAAAGGGGGGAAAAAAAACAUCUAUUCACACCCACAUAUAUCACUCCUGAUGGCCAAAUCCUAAAGCUUGAAACCAAAUGCCAGUGCGAUUACUUUGGUCUGGUGUCGGAGAAGAUUGUGACUCACAGUUUUUCUUACUUUCAUGGCUGUCUUUUUAAAGUAGAUCAUGAGGAGAAGGAGAAGAUUAGAUAUUAUCACACAGGGUUGCAUUGUUCACUGAAAGCCUGUGAAUUAGACCUGCAUUAUAUGCAAUGUGUGGCACAUGGUGUCUGUAACAAAUAAAGCGUUUAAAUAGACUUUCCAUGACGUCCUGACUAUCAGUGAUAACCUUAGGGUGAUUUAUAUAUCUCUACAAAUAGAUCUGCCCGCUGCUGUAUGGCAAAUUAGCACCUUCUUCUCCUUUGUACACAUCUUUCUUCUGAUGUUAUUCUGGCAAAGAUAAGAGGCGCCGUUUAUGCAUCCAAAUAAAGUCUCUGUGCACAAUUCUACUUUCAGUUUUUACAAAUCGGAUUCAUGUGGAUUAAGCACUUGCAUGUGUAUUCAAGGUUUAUUUUCUCUCCGGGGGAUAAACUUGCAGAAGCCUUCCUGCUAACAUGACUUGUAACCUGUGAAGUGUUAAAUCGAGUCAGUCGAGCGUGCGAGUAUGGAGAGUGAAUAAACACUGAGAAAAUACUUAACCCUCGCUCUGCGUCGAAGCUCUCUCGCGUGUCACUCGCCACCUGCUCAUUUGACAGCGCUGCUGCUUUUGGAGGCAGCAGGUGUGCUCUUUAGGUCACAUGGUAGCUGCUCUGUGGUCAGUAAAGGUGGAGUACAUGCUACACUGAGAUCGUUCAGGGCCUUUUAAGGCAGACCAAUCAAUAGCCAACUGUUUGUGUGCACACAGUCCCCCAUAGGAGCGCUGAUGAAGUGAGGCAGAAUAAGAAGAAGGUUUCAUGUCAGGAAUGUGAGUUUCUGCCAAGGAAUACACCUAUUUUUCCUCUGGCUUUUCAUCUAUCAUAUAAUUGUGGCGUGUAGCAAGAGCCACUGGUAUGUUUGAAAAGGCUGAAAGAGAAGGAAAUAAAAGUAGAGAAUUAUUUCUGCUGCAAAAAAAAAAGUACAACUGUAGGUUUUUCUGCAGCUGAGUUCCAGUUUUGAUGUCUUUGAGUGCAGAAAGGUGCUCAUUGUGGCUGAAAAUCCCGACAUGUGGAAUCAUUUCUCUCUCCUGUUCGCCGUUUGAGUUCACUGUGUGGCCGAAACCCCCUUGAGUAACAAAGGGAUCUCCAUCGCUUCAUUGCCCCCCCCCCCAACCCCUCCACCCUUUGUUGCUCCAGGUGUUCGCUGUCUGAGCCGUGGAGAUGAAGAACAGACAGAGAACUUGUCCAGAAAAGAAACCCAGGGAAAAAACAUGAAGCAGAAGAAGUUUUUUGUCCCGGCUCUCACAGGUGCUUUGAGAAACUCUGCUUUCCCUCAGCUGGACUCCUUAAUGGAGUGCGAGGAAUCGUUUUCACUCUGCUGUGGUGAGAGAAAAUAUGUGGGUAGGGCUCUGCCAGCGGGGUGGAGGCAUGUUCAUAAUGUAUACUGUAAUUACUCCCUCUGAUUACUGCCAUCAGAGCACAAUCACAACAUACCAAGGCACUAUUUAACAUCACUUGUGCUAACAGGCUUUUAUUUGUGGUCUUUCUUUAAGUUACAACCAUUCCCACGAGGAAGAACCGAAGGGUUUGACAGCGUGGUGGUGUUCACAACAACGUUCAAAGCUUGGGGAAUAAAAAGGAAGUGUAGCUGGCUGUUCAGUCUCUGCCUCCCUUUUUACAUGUUCCUCUUCUUUUUCUCCGAUCUCCGAACGUGAAAGCAGAGCCAAGUCAAAUAUCUGGCGGGGCCUCAAAGCUCUGGAUGUUUCCGUGAAGAGGAGAGUGGUUUAUGUAAGUUCACGAAUAGAGAUAACAGAUCGUUGGUUGUCAUCUGUGGCCUGAUGGUUGCCAGUAUUUUUAAAGGAACAUGUUCACAUUGAUUUAAAAUAUGCAGGAAUAAAACAAAGGGGGUUUUAAUGAGGCAAUCACUACAUUUACAUGCACAGGUAUCGGCUUAUUCAUGCUAUUCAACUUUGGGCUUAGAGCCUGGUGUGCAAACACUGGAGUAGGCCUGGGCGAUUUGGAAAAAAAAAUGAUUAUGAUAUAUUUUGUCAUAUCGUCCGAUCUUGAUUAUUAUCACGUUUUUUUUUUUUAGCUGCCAGUUUUAAAGCAUCUGCACUAAAAACUAAAGAAACUAGAGAUUAGUUCAACAUUUUAUUAACAUACAAAGUAAAUAACAAAGCAAAUUGAAUAAGAUACACUUAGAAAACCAUAAAAAAACAUUUUAACUCAACAGUACAACAAAUGUAGAUUAAUACUAAAUAAUACAGUGAACUAGUUUACAGUCCUGAGUGUUUCUGCAGGUAUGCAAGACCCAUAAUUAACAAAUCACCCCCUUAGAGAUAAUGAAGAUGCCUUAAAAUAUAAACAUUAGAUGAUGUAAACGUAGAUGGUUAGAGUGAUUGCUGCUUUGGUCUGGUGGCUGCUCCGCUAGAUGUGGCUAAACUCCUAAUGCAACUUGUACCGUCAGAAGCGACAGGCUGCGCAGACUCAGCUCACAUUUUCACGCUUUCCACGUAAAAACAGAAUUUGAUGUUUUACAAGUCAUUUAAAGCGUUUUUUAAAAUUUUUGAGUCACCAAAUGCUGUAAUUGAAAUUCAUCCUUGUUUUAUGACAAAUCUGUGCUAAGUUCAAAAACCAAUACUAGAUGACUCUGACCUCAGGAGCACUCAUGACUCUGUAGUGAAAGUCACUGCAUGGGCUCAAAAUCACUUCUGAAAACCAUCAUCUUUGAACACCGUUAGAUUUUAAACCAGUUGAAAACCACCGAGCUGUUUUUGUCUGCAGUUGACGUAAGGUUUUGACAGAUUUUUUCUGAUGAGCGCCUCAUCUUCCAGCUGUACUGUUAAAAAAUUCUCUCUGAAAGUCUUUUUAUCAGCAACACUCAAGUUCUCGCAGGUGUGCUCUUCUGUCUGGUGUCAUUCUUUGGUGCUGAAUAGCUUCGAACUCUUACUUCAUGGUAGUCUUUUUCUACUCUUCCUCAUCCGCUCUGCUUCCCUCCCCUCAUGAGGCCCUUGAGUUAUUUCGCCCUCGAAAGCCAAAAAAGAUUGUCCCAGAACCGUCUUUUAAUCACGCCGCUUCCUUCUCCUCCAUGAUUCCCUUUUUACUGUAUCAGACCCCGCAACCUUUUUUAAAUUUUCCUCAGCGAUGAAAAGGCGAAAGGAAAUUAUGUCUUUCCAAUGAUCCCCGCCAUCUUUGAUCGCCAAAUUGCUACCAUUACUUCUCAUAAUAUCCCAUAUCAAAUUCCUCAGAUUACCAUGCUUUUGAUGUUCAUUCAGACUCUUUGCUUAUGAAUAUGACUGCUGAUCUGAUUUUGUGCAGCAUUGGAACCGUACAAUAACACUCUCUCCUGCUGCUCAUUAUACCAAUACGCAGAUAACACUCUUCUUUAUGUGAGUGAUGUCAAUCUGUUCCAGUCAUGGCCUGUUUGUGCAGAUGCCAGAGGGAAAUAUGUUGGUGGUUUCUGGGGUUUUAUACAGUUUGUGUACUUGGCAUUAAGUGUGCAGAUUGAGAGACAAGAGCAAGGCUUCAUUCAGGAUCCAGCACCGAGGUUUUGUGUUUAGAGUGUGAGCAGCUGUGGGAGGCUGCCAGCAUGAGCACUGAAAUAAUUACUGCAGUAUGCUAGCUUAGUCAACACGGUACAAGUGCAGCUGUUUCGUUUAGCUGGUGAAAGAAUUUCAAAGGAGGAAAUGUAGCUUUUUUAAGCAAGCGGAGUCGUAACUACCUCGCAGGGAUUUGCAGGGUUGUGAAGUCUUUUUUGAAAAGUAAAUAAAGCUGAAAGUUUAACGGUCAGAGGCUGUGACACUGAGUAGAAACUGACACCCAAGUGUGGACAGGACCACUCCGAAGAUUUAUCACCAACCUGCUGGGCUUGGACUCACACUUGUGCGCUUACAACGUUUUUCUAUGUAGCUUUUUAUAGGCUCCACCCCCGCGGCAGGGUCCUCUUCCCUCCAACACAAAAGAGCAGGGUGGGGAAACUGGGUCAGGUUUCUGUCUAUUUAUGACGUUUAUGUUCUUCCCCUUCUGGUGAGGUUAUCUCUUGUGGUCUGUCAAACAUUUGUCCUGGUUUUUUUUCGUCUUUUUUUAUGAGGUAAAGAGUGGGAAUCAGCUCUCAAAGCUGCCUUUAUUGACAAUCUCUCAAGCCUUUGAAAACUUGGCUUCAAAUAGAGUAUGUCACCAUCUGUUUGGGGGGGAAAAAUCUGUCCAUAUUAAUCAAGACUUACCGCUCUACUAAAACACAGAUGAUCUGCUGCAUUGCAGUGAAUGAGUGUGGGUAUUUGAGAGGUAAGGUUUCAGUUGAGGGUUAGGGCCUAUGUCCACUGAUGCCAAUGGUCGCCAUGGUAGUGCCCAUUUUAUAUGCAAAACUCAUGCAGUUUAGUGUUUUCAGAGCGAAAUUCAUUCAGUGUUUUGAACGCUGCUGCACUUCUGCAUCACAAUCAUAAUCAAGAGGGAGUUCUGGUAUUAGCUCAGUCAGUUACAACAAUGAACGUUGUAACUGACUCUAUCACUUUAUCACAAGUGAUGACAUCUAUCACUUGCAAAUAGGGCUGUCCCGAUACGAUGUUGAUGUUGGAUAUCAGCCAAAAAACAAAUAAUGGAUUGUAUCUGCCUGCAUCUAAAAUCUCCGAUAUCAGCACUCCGAUACAAGCAGUCCAUUCUAGACUCCUCUAUGGCAUCUCUAUCCAGAAAUGCCCGGAUCCAGUAUGCAGAGCCCAUGUGAUCACAACAACAGUAUGUAAUAAGGUACAAAUAAAGUAGCAAUGAGUAAGAGUGAUUUUGGCUGAGUGGCAGUUAAGUUCAAAAAAGAUAUUACAACUGAGUGCAAAACUUGUCACGCACAAGUUUGUGCCAACGUUGGAUCAAUAUCGGUAUCGGCCGAUACUAAAGGCUACAAUAUCGGUAUCGUAUCGGAAGUAAAAAAGUUGUAUCGGGACAUCCUUUCUUGCAAAUUUUAUUUGAUAAGAGCAAGUUAUCAAGAAGAGGCAACAGGCUUCCAGAGCAGAGAAUGCUUUAAGUGGACACAGGCCCUUUCUCUCACACUGUUUAGUCUCUUAAAUUUCACAUCUUUGUAGUAAAAUGUACUUCCCUGAUUUCAUGAGAAAUCUCUCAAAAUGAUACUUCUGUACAUUUAAGAAAUGUUUAGAAAUCACAGAAUAAAAGCUGAUGGAAAUUUGGGGUAAUUGAAUAUAUAUGACAACAUGAACAAAAUCACAUAUCUGUCAAACAAAAAUCAUGACAGCUAAACAGACAAACGGCAGUCGUACAUAAAGAGAAAUGAUUUGAUGAGCCUUGUCUCAAAGAGAAAGAGAAGCCGUUUUAACGUUCAAUAAAAACAAAACUGGAUUCUGUUUGAACACAGAUUCACGAUUUGAAACCAUUCACUGUGUUCACUAUUUAUCGCCCAAGCUCUGGCUCCGUUUGAUAAUUGCAUUUACAGACAUUGAUGGUUUUUCUGUGCAGAAACAUCUUCCAGUCCAGCUUUUUUUUCCCAGAGGAGCAGCACUUUGUCACUCUGUCAUCUCAGUCUGCUGGAAAUAUGCAGCCACUGAAAAAUGGAAGCUCUCCAACAGGCUUCACUUUAGUCAAAUUAUUCUGAAAUGGCAGUUCACUAAAAACCUGCAUCCGCCUCGUGAUUCGAAUUCCUUUUCCAGCUUUGAAGACUUCCUUUGUGCACAGAUAGAGAUGAGACAUUUUGGUACGUCCCGUGAUUACGGGUGAGGACCUGUAUCUCGCCGUUUCCUGUUUUUUUAUCAGGAAGGUUCCAGUUCGUGUCCAGAGUGUGUGCUUCUCUUCCCGCACACUUUCUCAGGCUCGAACAAUGGCCCCCUCAUCGUUGGCCCCUCGUAAUCCUCUUUCCCGCCCCCUCCCUUUCCUCCUCCAACCUUUUCCCUCUCCCGAACUUCUCUUACAAAAGGCAGGGCACCCCGCUGUGUCGUCAACAUCAACCAAUCAGGCUGCUGCAAAAUUAAACGUUUGGAAAUAAUGCAAAGCUGCUCAUGUGGAAGUUAAAUACUUAAAGAUGAUGAAUGCUUUUGGUGUCCUGAUCGGCUUCUUUGGCCUUUGUUACCAGGUCCAGUUUUCUAAUAUUGAGCGUCUGCCAUCACCCGAUACAUGCAUUCGGUUUAAGAGGAAGGAAAUUUAUGAGCGUCAAUGCUUUGUUGUUUUCUUUCAUCCGCUCUUUGUUGUAUUUGUUUGAAGUUGGGCCUGAAAAUCAGUGAGUGUUUUGUUUCAUAGCAUGUUUUCCCUCUGUGUGUGCAUGACUCAACAACGGUUUGUAUUGAAGCUCUUAAAGGGUUAAACAUCUCAGCAUAGAUGAAGCUUGUUAGCACAGAAGGGGGUCUGUGGAUCCUUUCUUUUGCUUUCCAAACGAGCAGAUCUCUCUUUAGUUGUAGCUCUCCCCGUUUUCAUCUUUGGAGAGAUUCCUUCAGCUUGAUUAAAAAUCUAAUUAUUCAUCCAUUUAUCCCUUUAUGCAUCAAACACCCUAUUUUCUUCAAUCGAAUGGCAAGUGACGGGUGGUAAUUGUAGAUCAAGGCGCAGCAGAGCCGGACGUCGGCGAGGAGGGUGGGGGUUCUGGCACCAAGGCUCAGACUCAGACUCGGGCUUUUGGCGGCCGGCUGCUCCUGGACCGCUGACAUGCCGCUCGUGGUGGAAUCUGAAAAACGGUCCUUGCAGCGGCUCUGGUGGUUCGCCCCGUGCCAACCGAACAACGGCUGCUCUUUUCAUGUGAGCCCUCGCUGAGUGAUUCCUGCCCUCUGCCCCUCUGCCGCUGCAAGAGUCGUUGUCACUCAAGUUGAGUGAGAGAGAGCGCUGGAGGAGGGCCGUGACACUCCAGAGAUCCACUUCAAACAAACAAUUAGAGCAUGCUGAUCCAUGAGGCUAAUAGGCUUUUAUGAGUAUGCUUAGCGGCAGCUUUACUGUUGGGAUGGAAAUAAUUAUCAGCUGAGUUUGGGGCAUUUUUUUGCUCUUUAAGUGAUGUAUAGAAAGUAGGUGCUGUGUGUGAUAAUGAGCGUGUUUGAUAUGCUGGAGUACUGUGAACCCUGUUCUUUCCCACUACUGGAUCAGCUCCUACAAUGCAGCUCAAUAUAUGCAAAGCCGUCUCUCGACAGGCCUUGUUAAGCAUCAAUACUCCACUCCUGCUCCAGAGAUUUAUUUCAAUAUGGGCCAUUACUGGUGAUAAAGUCGCUGCUCAGCCAACUGCACGCUCCCUUUGUGACUGCGGUGUCCUUAAAGGAGCCACGUUUCCCAGCUGCAGAGGUGAAAAUCUCCUCUCAUUUCUCUUUUUACAACAAAACAAUCCAGCAUUGUCACAGUAACGAUCGGUCCAUAAACUGCCGUGGGACCGUAGAGAUGACAUAAUGUUACACAUCAAACCGAAGAGUUAAACGAAGCAAGGCUGGAAUGUCUUAUUUCAUCUCCCUACAGAAGAAGACACUGGACUGUAUCUGAGAAAGAGAACAAACAGUUUCAGUACGGCUGUAUCUGCUUUUGCUUUCUUAUGAGUGGCAGGAAAAGGAGAAAUCUGAACCCCCAAGAUGAUCAUCUUUCCAAAAUAUGUGCAGUUUUUUUAAUCUGGCUGCAGGGUUUGUGCAGUCCUCCAAAAGAAGCAUUUUUAAUACCCACAAAAGCCUUCUAUUUUCAGUCAUACAUUCAAUAUUCUAACAAAGCAUUAUAUAAAAGUGCAGGAAACAGAAGCUGUUUGUCCUGAGUUGUCUUCAAAGUGUCUUUUUUUGUUCCACUGUGCGGGCGUCUGUAGCCUGAGGUAUCAUUAGCACCAUGAAAGGAAUCCUUGACCAGGAUGUAUGCUUUAUUUUUCACUCCUCUAAAGUCCGGCUCCGUGCUGCUCAUCACGGCCUCUAAUGGCACACAACGCCGCAGCAAUUAAGCAGCUGUUUGGAAUGAAUCAAAUAAACCUCCCAAUGCAUUUCUGAGAUUUUCCCAGAGAGAGAAGAAAAAGACAUUUUGUGCUUUUCUUGCUCCUCAACCAAUUAGGAAAAUUGGCUGUGAUUUUAGGGUGAUCUACGCCUGCGACGCUUUCUUUCCUUUCUGCUGUCCAGUGGUUCGGCACACAGCGAGGGACACAUCUAAUGGAUGAGAAACUGCGUGCAUAAAAGCUGGUGUCAUUUUUACUGCUCAAGUUUUAUACUCGUACUGAAAGCCUUGGCAUCAGAUUUAGUUGCUCAUAUAUUUUUAUCGCUCUUCUUUUUCCCCUUUUGUUUGGCUGCUUACUUUAUUUUUAAUACGUGUCAACUGUUACAUUCCUGUGUGCGCUGGUCACGCUCUUAAACUGACCCACAUACAGGAAGAAGAACAAAAGCGAUGACGUUAUACACAGCAGGCUGGUGUGGAGGGGGAGUAUCAUGAAUGAAGUCAGCAUUUAUGGUUUCAUUUACAAGUUAAAGAGUAAUGAAAGAGUGAGGAGGAUGAGACGAACUCUGAAUCAUCAAAGCUGGAGCUGAGAGUGGCAAAUACAUGAAGUGGAUGAUGCCACCCGUCUAUCCGCUUAUUAAGUUUCUCCAGCUUAUCCAGUGACAGUAGACUAAACCCAGACAUCCCUCUCUGUUGCAACAUUUCCGAGCUCCUUCGGGGUGAUCUCAAACCAUUUCCAGACCAGUAGGGAUGUUUAAUCCCUCCAGUGACUUCUGGGCUUGUCCUACACUCUCCCAGUUGAACACACUAAGAAGCUCUAUAGAGGAAGGAGUCCAGGAGGCAUCCCCAAUCAGAUGCCUGAUCCACCUCAACUGGCUCUUUCUGAUGUAGGGGAGUAGCAGCAGUACUCUGAGUCUCCUCAUGGAUAUCUUAGCCCCUGACUUUAUCUCUAAGGCUGAGUCUGGCUACCUUUUUGGAGGAAACCCAAUGCUGGUGAAAUCAUUCCUCCAGUCACUACCCAAAGUACAUGACCAUAGGGAAGAGUCUGAACAGAGAUUGAUCGGUAAAUAAAUACCUUUGCCUUCAGGCUCACUUCUCCCUUCCUCAUUACUACUGAUGCUUUACCAGCCAAAGAUUGGAAGUGAUAGAUUUUAUUGAUAUUGAUUCUGUUUAUCGAUACAACUCUUAAUCAAUUCCCUGCUCAAUUUCUUUGGGUUUUCAGUGUGGAAAGAAGUAACCCUACACAGGUUUUAGUAAGAGUUUAUCAUCUUCACUGCUCUGCUGAUUGGCCAUUAAAGGGAUAUUUCGGCGUAAAAUUAAUUUAGUGUCAAACACACCAUAACACCGAGUUAGACACCUCCCCGAGAGAUGAAUGUUGCCGACCGCUUGCUUCUCUGGUUAUACCAACUUGAGUAACGACCGCACGAUAGCAAUACACUGAGUCUGGUCUGAGGAGCCAUAAACAAACCUAAACCAAAAUGCCACUCUAUAGCCACAAAUAUACUCAGAACAGAACCUAACUUCAUCAACAGUACAUAUAGGGUCCCAGCAACAGUACUAGCCACCAAACAUCUUUUUAACUUUGCCUGAUUUCUUUAGCAAAGAGACUAAACACAACUCAUCUAAAAUGAUAAAGUAAUGAUCAUAAAUGUUCUUCCUUGAGCUGCGUCACCCCGCCGCUGUCAGUUGAUUUUGGUUACAGCCUUUGAUUGGCUAACAGACAAAGAUGGCAGUCUUACAUUUGCAUUGUCAGCACACAGCAGAUAUGACAUUAUAUGACUAAUACCAAUAAAAAAAUCAUUACAGGUUACCUUUAUAUUUCAGAGAGAUGUCACAGAAAUAUACAAUUUUUUACUGAAAAGCGACUGGUCUCACAAAGCGAGUGGACUUUACUGUAAGUUGGUAUAUCAAACCAAACAUUUCAUUCAGUGGUCAAACCCAGUCUUAAAAAAUCAGAAUUAAUGUCUUUUGUGCUGUUGAAACUAAAAACUGUCCUCAGUCUCAUAUGAGAUUUAUCAGCAUGGGGCCACUUUUGCAAGAUGCAGUGUUAUAAUGUAGAUGCUAUCAUAACCCUCUCUGUAAUUGCAGUUUGACUGACACAGGAAGCGUCUUCAGACUGCACAGCUCUGUUGCUAAGGGACCAGACUGGUGGGCUUGUAAUAGCUGAGUGGACCCUGAGCAAUCUUAGGCAAUUACAUCACGUAAUCAUUAAGAUCUUAAAAAAAAAAGGGAGGGAUGGUGCUCUGUGAAUUCAUUACAGGGUUGAAGCACAAGAUGAGCUGUGGUUAUAAAGAUGAGCAAAAAACUGACAGAGUGUAAGAGACGUGGAAUCAUUACCAGCCAAGUGCUCAUGUUUGGAGCAGCAAUUAGCGGUUAUUGGAUUUCUGUAGACCAUUAUCGAAUGGACUGUGGAACAAAAUCAAUUAUAAGAGCAGCAUUGCAUCAUGGCCCUUUUGUCUUCUUAUUCCACGGUAAUUCCAUGUAGGAUGGGAGUGCUUUUUGUGUUUGUUUCUGUUGUAUGAAGUAUGAAAAUUGCUGACUGAUUCUCCCAGCUGGAAACAGAAAGGCAAUUCAGGAUGUUUGUGGGCUCAUUAAAAAUGAAAAAAAAAAAAAAACAACAACACAAAAACGGCACCAUUGUCAGGUCUGUCGUCUCACAGGGGAGAAAUGCGUUGGUGGAGGGAACAAGAAAGUGUCCCAUACAAAAAGUCCAAUCCGGGCUGAACCAGUCCAGGCUGGUCUGUUAGGCUGGACCACCCAGACUGAUCUGGGUGGGUGACACAAGUGAACAUUGUGCUCCUUUGGGAAAAAGAUCAUGUAGCAGAACUGUGCUCAGGUCUACUACUGGCGAGAGACAAAAGAAUUAAUUAACGAAAAGCUGAACUCUAGAAAAGAAACCUAAUUGCCUCUCAUGUCAAGAGAUGAUGAGUGGUAAUUAUGAAGUAAGACGAUGAUCCAAGGCUAUAGGACCACCAAGACAUCCCAACAUCUUGGUUCCCACAUGAUGACUAUUCCAUAUUAACGCUCUUCCUACACUUAGACAGGAGAGUAUGUCCCUCAAAUCGUUCAAAUUUUCAUGAUCGCCGGAAAAGAAAUUAAGUACUUCUGUUGACUCGUUGUCUUUUAAUGCAGUGUCACAUUUUUUCUCUCUCCACCUAUCUUUCUGUAUUCCUCCCUAACCCAGCAGCAGCCUGGUGGAUAUCUACCAUGAGGCUGGUCCUACCCAAGGUUUCUGCCUGUUAAAAGGAAGUUUUUCCUCGCCACUGUUACUCAUGUCAGAUGAGAUGGGCCAAAUCCCAUCUUAGGUUGGGUCUUGAUAAUUCAUCAAACAAUGAGCUUGGUCUAGACCUGCUCUUUGUCUUUGGAAAGCGUCUUGGGAUGAGGACUGUUGUGAAUUGGCGCUAUAUAAAUACAAUUUGAUUGAUUUGAUUGAUUGAUUGACAUUUUUCUCAAACACAGAAUUAAACAGAUUGGCAGCUGGUCCUAGAGGUUAGUCCAAAUUUGGUUGAAAUGACCAUCCAUGCUCACCAGAAGAUAAACCUUUUAUAUUUUUCAAAUACUUGCUCAAGACCAUAGCAGAAAUUGGAGUACUUUGCCCCCUUGCUCACUCCUUGAUCUGUGAAGUGAUGGUGGCCAUCGAGGACAAGAAGCUCUUGACCUCUUUUUGACCCGUAAUAUAUUUUUUGAUUCGAGGUAAAAUGUGCAGAAAUGAGAAUAUUUAGCAACAUCUGGAGGCCAGAUUCUUGACUAAACUACUCCCGUGCUCACCCCUCAAUCUAUGAAGUGAUGGUGGCCUUCAAAGACAAGGAGCUCCUGGACCUCUUUUUGAUCUGUAAUAGACUUUUCUCAAUUUAAAGUUACAGAGUGUAGAAAUUGGAACAUUUAGCAAAAUUUGGACGUCAGACUCUUGGUUGUGAAGCUGCCUUGCUCACCUCUUGAUCUGUAAAGUGAUGGUGGCCAUCGAGGACAAGAAGCUCCUGCAAUGCAUGACAGGUGUGAGUCUUCAUUUGAGUUUAAGUCAGUAUCAGAAGCAUUUAUUCAGACAAAUUCUUUUACACACAACAACAUCCACUCUCUUCUGGACCUCUAACCCUGGUAGAGGCGAGCGCCUGUUGUUUCACAGGACUUUUAUAGUGCCUCGGUUGCUACAUAGGUAGACUUUCUUCAACUUUUGUAACUGAUUCUUUUUUUAUGGUGUACCCUGGGCAUGCCUCAGGCUGCACAUUACUGUAUAAUAUAAGGAUCAUUUAUGGCAGGACCUCGAGGCCGUUCCCUCAGCAUAUCUCCUGGUUUCUCCAGAAGAGUCCAAGUGAAUUCAAGCUGUUUUAAAGUGGCCUGUUAUGGUAUGGGGGUAAAUGAAAUAGCAGGAAAUAUUUCAGGUCCAUAAAUCUCAGAGUGAGCCGGACUGACGUGGAGCAGCAGAGCUCCAGCUGUGCGGUCUGCUCGUGGUAGGCCAUCUGCCAGAAUUUCUAAAUAUUAUUUGAGCAAACUGGUUCUAGCUCGGUCUUUGCAGUCCAUCAUUUAAAGGAGCAAGAGCCGAGAUCGUGACCAGUUGUUCAGUUGUUUUAACAAACGUGAAAGAGAGCAUAAACAGAGAGCUAAGAGUGACGGUAGUGCUGCAGACUCUUGUUUGGAGAAAUGCUGUUUACACAUGAAACUGCUCUGCUCGGAUAUCGUCCUGCUUUACAUUCGUCUUUUUUGACUUUUUAGGUCUGCAUCUGGAAUAAAGUAGGAGAUGUGAAGUCUGGGUCAUAAUAUAGGAUUAAAACAGCACGUUUCACGCAUGGAGAUUCUUAAUUAUCAUGUGGAAAAGUGCAUGCUGACAUUGAAACAUGCCUGAUCUGAUUAGAAGCAAACCCACAUCAGCACCCAGAUUUAACCAGUAGUUUACGUUGGGAAAAUGCAACCACAUACAAAGCGUGCACUCUUUAGGCCACCACAUAUACUGUGUGUUUGACAGACCGCAGCUUCCUGGUUGGUAUUUGGCAGCAAACGGAGAAAAACAUGAGCUGCACAGAGUUUGAUCCAGCGCCCUCAAUCCCAGGGACAACAAAAUGACUGCAGGCGAAGAUGGAUUACAUUAAAUUCAAUCUAGAUAAGUGAGAUUGAGUUGAAGCUGUAAUUAGGCUGAGAUUGAGACUGACAUUACAGGUUAGACUCUUGUUAAAUCACCCGGGGCUACAUAAGACCCUUCGCCUUGAAAAACAGCCUCACUGUAUUGUUCUCCACACUUCUUCAUUGAAUGACUGUUAACGCCGCCAUGUUUAACCACCCGGAGGCACAAUGCAUGCUGGUCAUCUGCGUGUACGGAUGUCAGUUUCGCUUGUGUCUGGCAGGAUGUGUGUGUGAACUCCAGGAAGGUCUUGGUAAGGUUCCUGCUUGUAUCCAUUUCACCGUGUGCCACUCACAGGCCGCAGGGAGCAGAAAGAAAAUCUGUAGGUUCUCUCAAUCCUGUUAAUGUGGAACAGCAUUUAAUUAGAUCCGCUCUACAUCCAGCAGCUGUAUCUGUGUCUGCAGAGAGACGACGCUCUGCGUGCAGCUAAACGCCGGCGUCGGGGCGCAAAUCGCUUUGAAUGAAUCUGUAAAAGCACAAUCGCUCAAUGGCAAUGAGCGUGAGGAACAUUUAAGGACAACUGUUGGCAGUUAAAUAACAUGAAGAAAGUGAGCUUUCAUCGACACACUGGGGCUGCAAAAGAUACUGCUGUUUUCCUCUCUUCACGGGCUUGAGGUGAUAUCUUCAGACAUCUUACUCUGCCCGAUUAAAAGAGCAAAAAUCCUCUUUCAUGAUCUAAUUUUGCUAAUAUCAUGUCAAGUAAUUAAUUGUAACGUCCCUUUACCUCUAAUGGGGCUGAUAACCCAUACAUUUGAGAACUAAAGGACAUCAUGCAGGACUGAUUGAAAUAGAGUGUCCAAACUUUUUUUUGUAAUCCAAGAAGAUCGAGAACAUAAAGGAAAACUAUCAGCGGUAAUAAAAAAUGUUGAAGGUUUGGCUAACUUCAGCAACAGUACAUAUAGGGUCCCAGCCACAGCUCUAGCCACCAAUCUUUUAAACUUUGCCAAAUUUCUUUAGCAAAUAGACUAGAGACAACUCUCCUAUUCUCUUCCAGCAGCCGCUUGUUUGCAGCGAGACCUCAGGCCAGUCCAUUACGGACUAUUGCGGGGUGACGCAGCUCAAGGAAGAACAUUUAUGAUCAUUACUUUAUGGAAAUACAAUCAGACCGAUACACUAAGGCAGAAGAACUACCGCAUCUGAAAUGUAAAAUGAUUAAUAUGGUGAUUAUUACUUUAAGGAAAUAAUAAAGUAAUGAUCAUAAAUGUUCUUCCUUGAGCUGCAUCACCCCACUGCUGUCAGCCGAUUUUGGUUACAGCCUUUGAUUAGCUAACAGACAAAGAUAGCAGCCUUACAUUUUGCAUAGAACAGAUCCAAAACAAAAACUAUCAGCAGUCAAAUAUCAAAUGUUGAAGGUUUAGGUGAAAGUUUCCCUGCUGUAGUUAUGUAAUCUUACCGAAAAAAAGUCGUGUUUACACAUCAGUGCAUGCAGCACGACAGCACUUGUCCCAUGUCUAUCACAUCACACCCACAGGAGAAACUGGAAACGUUCCCCUCGAACACAGACAUCUAACCGAAGUGGAAAACAUAAAGACGUUUUGCUGAUGUGGCGAAAUGUCAGGAAAUAAACAUUUACAAACAUACACAAGCAGAAGUGAUUCGGAUUCCCUCUUUAAGGCGGGUGACUUGAAUGGAUACUCCAAGUCAAGUUUCUCCUGAAAAACCCUCCAGGAUGGAUGCUACUGCGUCUGCCAGACUGUAAAUAUCAAUAUUUGGCUCCUGGCUCUGGGAUAUUUUUCUCCCUUUGACUUAAGGAGGGAAAACGUUGAAUUGAAGUGUUAAGAGAUUUGAUAAAUUUAGGGCUGACACAUCUUUUUUCAGUGUCUGAUGUUUUUCCCUCGGUGUCACUGUUGCCGUUCGGUGUUCGAGCCCUAAAAGGAGAGGAACCUUGCCUUGUGGCCAGGGAAAACAGAGCCGGUUUGAAUGAUGUAUUUUCUUUGCGGUUGUUUUUUGGAGGGAAAAAAAAAAGAUCAGUCGAUGACAAAUAUCACUAGAGAGCAGAUUCAGCCUCACAAUCCAAUUUUCCACAGCAAGAAGAACAGGACCUAUGUAUUGUCCAGCCCCCUGACUUUCCUUUUUUUUAAUACUGUGCCAGAGGAAAAGCAUUUAAAUGUGGUGUGACUGGCCAUUGUGCAGCCCAUCACCUUUUAACCCUGUCCUCCCUCUUUCCUUGCCUUCCCAGUGUGCUCAUGCAUGCCAUUACAGUCAAAAAAAAAAAAAAAGGGCGGAGGAGGGAGGACUGAGAAGGUGACGAGAGGACUGAGAGAUAAAAAACAGGCUGAUUUCUAUCUCGGUUUGAGCUCCAGGCGCAGGCAGCAGCAGCAGCAGGCGCCUGCUCCCCAGCAACCAGGAGAAAGGGGGAUAAAGCAUUGUAAUGUGGCAGCACGGAUUGAUUCUCAUCAUAAUCUGUUCCUAUCAGGUCUGGCGCAGCGCCCACUUUUGUCACAGAGGCCACUCGCUGUUUUCAGAAAGGCUGGCUGCACACUUUUCUUACUAUAAUGCCUGGUAACCUCAUCUGCAAAGCCUCAUUGUCUCAUUAUUUCUGACACUACCUUAGCUCUGUUAGAGCUGAUAUGCUAUCUGUCUGUUUUUGUCCCAGUUCCUAUUUCUGUUCCCCGUGGGGAUGCAAUCCACCCGUGGGUAUAUUCAAGGUCAUAGAAAUAGGCAUGUAGGUUGUACUAGUGAAAACAAUGAUCAGCUGUAGUAGUUAGCAGAGAUUACUUCCGAAAGGUUAACAUUAAAAAACUGAUAGAUAAUCCAAUCAGUAUCUAUGGUUAGCUAAAAGUAAAAAAGUCCCUGAAAUAAACUGAAACAAAAGUUUUCAAGCUUUAUUUAGCCUCAACAAAACGUCACAAAAAUACGUAAACAUAAAAGUUUAUUUAGGCCAAUAUGAUAUUAGAUAUCAACAAAUUCAGGAGUAAACGGAAAAGGUUUUUGUCGUAUUGAUGGUUCGUCCUCAUGGAAACGUCGUUUUGGGUGACUGUAAACAAUGCUUUUUGAAGACGUGUCCCAGACGAGUGCAUGAAUUCUUGUACAACAACCGUUUAAUUUCUGUGUGGAUGCCUACCCGCAACUUUCUUGAAACGAUUACGUCUUCUUCCUGUUUCGUUUCAUGGCAGAUCGCAAACAACAUUCAGGUGCAUACUGCCACCUAUUGUACAAGAGUGUGUAGCGUCAUAUCUCAACAUCUAAAUUCUACUCAUCAAUUGAAUCCCUUUGAGGAAGCUGAAUAAAUGAUUACGUCACACACAGCAUAACUCUCUUACAGUAGACCUGAAUGAUUAAUGGCACAGAACCUUUACCCCCAAUUUCCACUGAAUCUGGAACGGCUACGAAAAGGCUGUAUCUGCCAAUCGUAGCUGAUCGUAACCAUCCAAGUUAAUGUGUCAAUUUCCACCACCUUCUUUCCGCUUUGCUGCUGAUUGCUGGACUCCACAGCUGAUCACAAGGAUUCUAUUUUUUCUGGACACUGGAGCAUGCCUGAUAAAUUCAGCACAGAUUAACCCGUGCUGGAAAGAAAGUCGGGGACAGACACAAAAUAAAACACUGCGUGUUUCAGGUGGAUCGUAUUUCACACCAUGCAAACAGGUGAAGAUAAACAAGUGAAAGUGACACAAUCUACUGCUUUUAUGGUUAGCCUCUGUGGCUGUCUUUAUCGAGACAACUCGUUGCACGUGAAUCCGCAGGUUCUUGUGAGUUCUUGUGAUUACCACUGUCCGUAAUCUGCCACGAAAUUUUCCUCACCGAUGGAUUCAGUAGCAAUUGGCGGACGGCGGAAAUCGUUGCCAUUCCGGAUCGGAGCUGUUCCGGAUGCGGUGAAAAUUGGGAGUCAUACUCAGGCUCUGUACUCUUCUUCUCUUUUGGUGCAUUUCCAGGGCAGCAGUACAGCAUCACUUACUGGCUUGGCAUAUGCACUACAUCAUUUUCAGUGAUUUCGUAUUUACACAAAUAUUUCUGGAAACAAAAUAAAACAGCAAUUUAUCGUUUUCGUCUCCUGUGUAGACAAAGCCUAAGAAAACGAGCAAAUGAAGAUUGACCUCAUCCGUGAACUACAGGGUUUCAGACUAACACUUAUUAAUCUUAAAGCUACAUUACAUGAUUGAAGUACUAUAAUAUGAUGCCAGCUCUCCCUCCUUUCUUACCUAGCCCACAUCCCCACACACUACCACCUUGUCCACUUUUAAAGGUUGCUUUGACUAUUCUUGUCUGUGUCGCGCGGAUCCUCUGAUGUUGGAGCUGUAAGGAAGCACAUGCAGGCUGAGCGGGUUAAAGCACCGGUGCUAACUGCUGGUAGUAAACAGGAGGGGCGGAGAGGGCGCCCCUGUAAGAGUGGUCCAGCUCAGAACAGCAGCGCCUUUUGUGUCUGACGGUUAUUUAUAAACCCAGUAAACCCACAGCACAUUCCAGGCUGCCACAGACGCAGAGAGUGAGAAAGAACCGCACCUCGCCCAUGUGUGUCCUCUUUGUCUCCGCGUGCAGCCUGAUCCAGAACUGUCAGGAUCAGAGAUGACCUUGUUCACAUGUGGUCUAAUGAAGACGAGGCAGCCGCUGUCUUCUGUUUGAACAUGGAGGUGCAUGAAAACCCUUUUUUUUCGCUCGAGUUUCUUUAAUUUUUGUUGCGUUUUUAUGACCUCUGCUUGUGGUCUUCCAUGACUCACAUUAAUGGGAGGGCGGUCCUCUCUGGCAGUGGAUUCCUCAGUUUAACGCUCGCCUAUUACUGAACUUGACUACUUAAAGAAGUGCAACUCUCAUUCCCUCCAUCUGUCCUGAUCCCCUGAGACUCUCUGCUCGGAGUUUGUGGAAAACAUUAAUCACAUUUCCCUGGACAGCUUUUCAAAACCAGCAUUAGACAAUAAUGCAUUCAGGGUUUUCCUGUUAGCAUGGCGCCGUAGUUUCUUUAUCUUAAGACUGCGGAUCGCUCCAAGGGAAAAAAGUGUAAAAGCGUUUGGCUUUCACUUGUUCCCUUAUGUAAGAUGCUUUCUAAAUGGUUUAAUCUGUAUGUUUUAUAUAUUCCACUCACAGCUCAGGAGAGUCAUUUGAGGGUCAUCCUCCUCUUCCUCUUCCUCCAUUUUGUCCUGGCUGCAGUUAUGUGCAGGUUUCCUGUAGCUGAGUCCAGAGAGUGGCUGGAGAAAGUCCAAGCUUUAAAGGAUACCCCUUCCCCACCCUUUGAACCAGACUUCAGUUUCUUCCUGGCUUCUAAGGUCCCAUGAGCUAAUGGUCAAAACUGUAGAGUUUGGACGGGCCUGUAAUUUCAGGUCUGGAUUUAUUUGUCUGACUCUCUGCGCUCUCCUCAAGGUUUUGAUUACAAACAUACAGAUAAAGAUCCAUUUCUCCGGCAGCCGUGUUUCUCUUCCUCCGUCUGAAAAUGGAACAAACAGAUCUUUUAAAACACAAAGCUGCUCUGUGUUUUUCUUUGCUGUACCCUCCUGAUUGUUGGCGAGCUUCUUUAAGCGUUUCCCCUCCUUUAAAAUGUAAACCCUGAUUACAGAACUCAGGGUCUGCUUUGCUUUGGCUUUCUGCCUGAGCAAAUAUUUAAACACUGAAGAUGGACUGUUAUCAAAAAGGGGGAGUCUUGUCAUCUCAGCUAAGGUCUUUGGAGAGCUACGGUCCUUAAAACAAAUAAACAAUCAGUUUCUUUACAUCCCAGACUGCUUCGUCUGAGGAUUCAGAUCCGGACUUGAUUUGAUCACCAGCCUUAGUUGGCGUCAGGUGACAUUUUCAUAAACAUACAGCUGAGGAUUAUCUUCUCACUUAAAGGGAUAUUCCGGCAUAAAAUUGAUUUAGGGUCAAACACACCAUAACACCGAGUUAGACACCCCCUCAAGGAUGUUGCCGACCGCUUGCUUCUCUAGUUAUACCAACUUUAUUAAUGACAUCUUUUUAGCUUUGCUUGAUUUCUUUUGCAAAGAGACUAAACACAACUCACCUACUCUCUUCCAGCAGCUGCUUAUUUGUAGCGAGACCUCAGGCCAGUCCAUUACGAACUACAGCGGGGUUAUGCAGCUCAAGGAAGAACAUUUAUGAUUAUUACUUCAUGGAAAUGCAAUCAGACCGAGACGCCAAAGCAGAAGAACUACCGUGAAAUGAUAAAGAAAUGAUGAAAUGAAAAGCUGUCUGGUGGCUAGUGCUGUGGCUGGGACCCUAUAUGAACUGUUGAUGAAGUUAGGUGCUGUUCUAAGCAUUAUUUGUGGCUAUAGUGGCGUUUUGGUUGAUGUUUGUUUGUGGCUCCUCAGACCGCUGUGUAUUGCUAUCCUGCGGUCGUUACUAAAGUUGGUAUAACUAGAGAAGCGAGCGGUCGGCAACAUUCAUCUCUUGAGGGAGAGUCUAACUCAGUGUUAUUGUGUGUUUGACCCUCAAUUAAUCUUACGCCAGAAUAUCCCUUUAAUGUGACAUCCUGGUCUACUUUUGCCAAGACUCUCACCAAAUGAAGCUGACAACAAUCAACUAACUGUGGUUAAAUAUUCGUUUUGCUCCGAGGGAGUCUAAUUUUCUAUUCAUUAAAACAGGAGUAUAAAUUUAAGUAUAGCCUUCAUCAUCCUUUGCACAGUCGUUAAAGAGGAGUGACUUUUCUUUUCAGCCUUUUACUCUUGCAGACUUGUUCAGCCUUGUUUUAUUUUACACACACAGAAGCUGAGCCAAACGACAGCUUCUAACUAAAAUCUGUUAUAUCUCAGAAACUAGAAAUCUGAUAUAUCCUGUUGGCAUUUUAAUCUAAUUCACUCGCCAACCAUUUGCAGGGUACAAUCCCUCUCCAAGCUCAUAAUUUCCUCCGCAUUGUCCUUUAUUUCCUGUCCCCACAGAAUAAGGUCACCACUUUCACUGCAGCACUUCAUUGCCGGUAGCCUAACUGUUUCCAGCCACAAACUGUAAAAGAUCCUAAAUGAAUAAAGAAGAUGUGUUGGAUCCAAUGAGGUAGAUUUGUGCCCGAGGAUUACAUCAUCCUGUCUUUAAAAAAAAAAAGCCCUUGAACAGCUGAAAUAAGAUAUCAGAAGAGUCUCUAGGAAACCAGGGCUUAGCGAGGGGCUGGUGACCUCUGCUUGCAUCCGUGGGAGGCCUCAGAUCUGUCUGUCAGGCUUGUGGAACUGAAUUACAAACACACUGUAGAGCAUGCACUUUCUCUCUGAUGCUUCUUGUUGCAACCUACGCUGGAAAAAAACAAACAAAUCCAAACCUUUUAAAUCCUGGCUGUGUUUUUUUCUGACAGUCUUUAAAAGUGUGUAUUCUGCACGACAGUUCUUCCUAAAAGAAGCCCUCCGGUGUGGAACACAUGGAGGUGUUGAGAGGGGAGAUUACUGUAUAUUUGAGUACAAGUUCUCUCUUGUGGGAGUGUUAGUUAAAAGCCCAAAAGUUUGGGAGGUGUCAAAGAGGAUCAAGAGUUACAAGAAGGCUUGAAUGGAUGACAUGAAGGUAGGUCAUGCUGUUUUAGCUGGGCUAUUAAAGGCUUGAACUUUGAACUCGGGCUCUGCCAGGUCGGUCUGGCUCCAAACAAGGUGACAUGACCCUGAAAAUCGACACUCCAGUCUCCUGCCCUCCUUUUUUUUGUCCGUCUCUCGCCCUUGUUGUUGCUUGCUUGCUUUGGUAUGUGUCCUCGGUUGAAUGUAGGUUAUUCCUUGUUUCUACCAUUGUUUCUUUCAGCUGUAUUAUGAAGUGGUACUAAUGUGGAUACAGGUUACCAUGUGAAGCAGUUGUGUUCAAGAUCGUUUCGUACAGUAUUAUAUCCUAUCUCACUGUAUCGUAUCGUACUGAAUCUUCUCUGGUAUCGCAUCGUAUGGUAUUGUAUGGUUUUGUACUGUAAUAUAUUGUAUCUUACUGUAUCGUAUCAUAAUAUAUCAUAUCAUAUCAACCUGUAUCGUAUCAUAUCAUAGCUAACUGUAUCUUACCACUGGUGUAUGAUUGUGAGUGUUGUGUGGUGGUGGUCGGAGAGGCCGUAGGCGCAGAAUGGCAGCCACGUUUCCGUCAGUCUGCCCCAGGGCAGCUGUGACUACUAAGGUAGUUUACCACCACCAAAGUGUGACUGUGUGAACAAAUGAAUGAUGUAUCCAAUGUAAAGCGCUUUGAGGGUCUCUGAUAAAGCGCUAUAUGAAAUCUGAUGCAUUAUUAUUAUUAUUAUUAUAUCGGACUGUAUCAUAUCGUAUCGUAUGGUAUCCUACUGUAUCGUAUCUUAUCUUACUGUAUCUUAUCAUAUAGUAUGAUACUGUAUCAUAUCAUAUUGUACUGUAUCGUAUCAUACUGUAUCAUAUCCUGCUGUAUCGUAUCGUAUCUUUCUGUAUCGUAUCAUAUCUUAUUCUACUGUAUCGUACUGUAUCGUAUCGCACUGUAUCCUACUGUAUCGUAUUGUAACAUAUCGGACUGUAUUGUAUGGUGUCCUACUGUAUCAUAUCGUAAUGUACUGUAUCGUAUCAUAUCUUACUGUAUCGUGUCAUAUCGUACUGAAUCAUAUCAUAUCAUACUGUAUUGUAUGGUAUCGUAUCAUACUAUAUAGUAUUUUAUUGUACUGUAUCAUAUCAUAUCGUACUUUAUCCCAUUAUAUCAUACUGUAUUGUAUGGUAUCGUAUCAUACUAUAUAGUAUUUUAUUGUACUGAAUCAUAUCAUAUCAUACUGUAUUGUAUGGUAUCGUAUCAUACUAUAUAGUAUUUUAUUGUACUGAAUCAUAUCAUAUCAUACUGUAUUGUAUGGUAUCGUAUCAUACUAUAUAGUAUUUUAUUGUACUGUAUCAUAUCAUAUCGUACUUUAUCCCAUUAUAUCAUAUCUAAAGUCAUUUUUUGCCUCUUUUUAUUGAAAUUGCAUCGUAUUGUUGUUAUUAUUGCCGAUAGGUAAAAGAAAAUCUACAGCUGAGGCAGUAAAUAUGUUAAACAGAGCACAACCGAAUUCCUCCAUUGGAUUUCGUAACAGAAAUGUGUCUGUACAUUUCUCUCAUAUGCGCUUAACAAUUAACUUCAAACAUGGCAUGAUGAUUUGCUGCAGCUCUACUUGUUGUUGAAGCAGCUUUGAUGUGUUAGAUGGGACCAGUUCAAUGGGUUUGGGCACCUAGAAAGGAAUUCCCACCAUCCUCCCAGUCUUUUUGCUGGAAGCUCUUGGAGAUCCCCCAAGAGAAGCUGGAGGAAGUUGUAAGAGCAAAAAAAAAAAGAAAGACUCUUAGCUCGUUGCGCUGCCACCACAGUCCUGACCUUAAGUAUCUAGAAAAUUGAUGGAUGUUUAUUUUGAGGCUCAGCGGGGGUUUGGCUCCGAGCUACACAUCAGACCUCUUUAUAACUGCCUGUGAGGGGGAGCGUAGCCUCGGGUCUUUUGGCAGAGCAAUACAGGUUGUUCCAAGGACUCUGGGUGUAACAAAAGGUGACCUGGUCUUUGCUGCCAGAGCGGAGGCCAACCAGAUCAGUAGCAUCUUUCAAAACCACUUCUCAAAGCACAGUUGUACUGGGAAACAUUUUUACAACACACUUUUAUGUCCUUUUUUACGGCUUUUCCAAGCCUCUCUGUCUUCUUCUAAUAGAAUUUUUAUUUCAGUUGUCUUUGUUUGCCUUUUAGCCACUUUUUAAAAAAACUUUUUUUGUUUUGUAAAGCUGUCUGUAGUUGAUGUAAAUGCAGUGAAAUAGUAUCCCCAAUUGCCCAAUUAAAUUCUCUGAGUCUGGAUGAAAUUAGAGGACAUUCAAACUGUCAGACAUUUUAGCAUUUUUAAAGUUCACCUGCAUUAAUUACAGACCAUAAAAAGUGGUUCCAGAAUGAUAGAGUUACAUAAAUAGAUACAGUCUGGUAACUGAAACUAAGUGAUUGUACAUGGUUUUCCCCAGUGCAUCCCUCUCUACAUAUGGCCCAGGCUGGAUGAAUAUUUGAUUUAUCCGAUGUUGUGCGCAUCACUUAAUCUGCUUGAAAUGAAAUCUGCACCCAAGAGUCUCUUCAGCGGGCCAAUAUGGGCUCAUUUUGUUAGAAAGGGAGCUUAUGGGAGUCUGAAUGUGUCGCCACUGCUGUGAGAAGUAUCAGAGCAGAGGGGGUGGGAUAAGCUGAGACCGAGGCGUGCAUCGAGCAUGGUGGAUGGGCGGGGGAGAGUGGUUGAAGGGGGGGAGGCUCGUGAGAGAUACGAGAAGGGUCCAGAUGUACCGCUGGUCUAUAAAACGCACAGGGCCGGUCUGCAGCAGGAGUCCAACAGAUGUGACUUUUAAUGGGUGUAAGACUAGAAGGGAAAAAGGAUCAUGUGUGAAUAUAAGGUGUCACCAUGCAGCUGAAUGUCCCUGUAGCACUAAGGAAAGGCAGUCGAGGUAGGACCACCCUUAACCUCACAAAAACAGAGACUACAGUUGACGUCACAAACCUGAGAAAAUGCAGGAUUUUAGAGAGCUGAAUAAGCUGGAUCCCUGAAUUCCCCAAGCAGGAGGCAGCCUUCAGUCUCCGUGGCUAUUUAUAGUGUAUACGUGUGUGUGUGUGUAUGUCUGUGUGUGAAGAGUUUUUGUUUGUGUAUUCAUUCACAUGUUGAGGCCCCAGGGUGCCACUUCUGUCAGAGGUCUGGGUUGUUUUAUGAGGCGGACCAGACGUAGGGUGUCAUUGUGAUUUAUGGGACACCUCUGUGACUGUGGAGGGUACAAUUGGAGCAAAAAUACCUGGUACACUCACAACUACACUUUGCAUCACCAAAAGGCUGUUAUUUUGUAUAUAAGGCUUUAUUGUACGUGUUCUUAACAUAGCUCUAGAUCCAAGUAGAUGUAUCCCUCCUAAAUUAGACUACAACUUGGACUGCAAAACUCAGAAAACCUUGAAUUAUGCUGUUGACGAAAAGCUACAAAAAAAAUUCCAAAACCCUUUCAGUUUUAGAGAUUUAAGGACCAUCGCUGAAUUUAUUGCUUUGAAUCAGGGAUGCACCCAUCCAAUAUUUGAUAUUGGUAUCAGUCCCGAUCCUGAAGAAAAUUCUAGAUUGGGUAUCGUGACAAUGAUAGGGGCCGAUCUAUUCAGUCUAACUCUAUGCUAUGCACCGUGAGUGGCAUUCACAAGUAAUGUCCCCACUGUUUUCAAAAUGGAGCGAGCAAAGGGGUCUGCUAUCUUGAACUUUAUCACACUACCUCAGCCUACAAGCUCGACGGACACUUGCAGUACCUGUGCAGUAAACGUUCCGAGGGGCAGUGGUAAAAACCUCAAGUUACAAUGAAAGGUAAUUCGGCGUAGCUUUUCUGUAUCAGAAUUGGAUCGAAAUUGGCCGACUAUAGAUAUCUGUAUCGGUAUCAGUACACUGGUACAGGUGAAAAAAGCUAUUGGUGGGUUUUAUUAGAAGUCUCUUUAGAACUCUGGAUACGUCACCUGGGUCAGAAUUCCAACAUGAGAACUUGAAGCAGUUUCAGGAACCCGAGCUCAAAAUUUGUCUUGUUUUACCGAUGGUAUUGUGUAAGUUUUGUGUAAGUCGUCCUGUUGCUUUUGCAUGCUAAAUAUCAAAUUGGAUGUGAUGUUGUCUCCCGUUACAGCCAGCUAUGCUAGGAGCUGCUUCACAACUUUAUUCCUGACAGUCUGUCAGGUCCCAGCUCCAACUUCUGAAUGAAAUGAAAUGUGCCAAAUGCUUGUUGCAGCUGGUGUUACCCCUCAGGGUGCACAUAUUUAUAUAUCUGUAGUGGUGCAGUUUGGAAACACUUGCAUACCUGAAAAAUCCAGUAGUGUGCAUUACUUGCAGGCUAGUAUGACGCUAAUAUCACCUAAAAGUCUGUUAAAUAUGUUUUUUAUUCAUCUUUUAUCUCCUUUUCUUCCACUUUGGUUACAUCUGAUGAUAUGAAGAGUUCACAGUAUUGUCAAAGCUUGCUUAUUGUAUUACCGCUAAAUUUAAAGCAUAAGCCCUGAGACUGAGUUGAACUCUGUCAGACGUGUAUUUGAUACUCCAAAGGCGCCUCUGUUAUGACAUGUCUGUGCUUUGUGUUGUCACUCAUCUGGUUUGGCUCUGUUUGCCAGAAUUUGAAUGAUGUGAUAGAUCAGAUUUUAACUCGGGUGACACAUAUGGAGUUUAUUUUAAAUACACAAUAAAAUGCUGACCAGCCGUCUGAAUGUAAAGACUGAUCUGUUAGACGGAUCAGAGCUCCUCUAUUAUGAACAAAACGGUGAUCACGCGACUGAAACGCUUCCUUAAAUCUGCAUUAAUAUUAAUGUGUUGUGUUGUGUUGUGGUGGGACGACGGAGCUGCCGUACAAAAAGGAGUGGUGGGAGUUAAACGCGGGGUCAAACAGAGGUCAGAGCCGGGAAGCUGUCUAAACCACACCCCCCUCUCCGGGAAACCGGGGUACGAGAGAAACAAUGAUGUGGAGGAUUAUGGGUAGAAUUAAUGCGCAGUUGCUCUGGGUGUGUUUGCAGAGGGUAGCUAAUUGAGCGGUGAGUGUAACAGGCACAUGCAUGAAAUCAGGUUGUGCUGAAAGGCUUAUUCUAAUGUGUGUUUAGUCUCAUUAUUAAUAUGUAAUGGACUAAGAUUUCCCAUGUGCAGACAGACUUAAUGAGGUUUAAGUGCCUUUCUGUCGGUUUACAGUCUCAGUUCAUAACCAGAUUUUAUUUGAUGCCAAAUUCACUCCAUAAUGUAUUAAAUUACAGUCAAAAGAAGGAGCCGGUGUCGAAUUAGCUCUGCAAAAAGACCCCUAGAAAUGCAGCAGGCUUUCCAAGUCAGGGGUUGACCAAUCACAGUGAGAGUAUAACGCCAGCUCGAGAGGGUCACGCUAAGGUAACUGAUAAAGCGCGUCCAGCUGGUCUAAAGCCAGACCAGCUUUCUAUCGUCUCUAUCAGUCUGUCUGUUACACCCAGCAGGUCUCGACUUGAUGAAACGCAGGCUCACGAUAGACGGUGUGAGUUACAGCUAAACAGAGAAAUCAUGACACAGUGUUCACGCAGGGAAGAGGUAAAUCAUUACCACCGAGCCGAAACGUAGGAGCGGUUUCAGCACAUUUAAAUGAUUGACUGGCACAGAUUGACCUGAAUAAAAGCCUCUUCUCGCUCACUUCUUCCUUUACUUUUCGUGUUUGUCUUGGCAUGUCUCGCUCAGACAAACUCAGAUUGAACCAAAGCUGCAUGUUUUUUACGGCAAUUGUUUACAAAGAAUUUUAAAGUGGCAGAUUUUCCACAAUUUUACUGCAAAUUGCUUCACGUAACAAUAGACACCGAUGUGGGAUACUUUCCACUCAUGCACGGUUUGUUUCUAUCAUUACAACGACAACAAAGCAUGAAGUGAAUGCAAGUGCAAAUCAGGAUUCUCAAUACUGGCUCACAUGACAAACAGAUGCCUGGAAUCACAUGAUAGCUGCACGUCAGUGUCAAGAGGACUGGUGUUUUUGAUAUUCACUUUGGAAGGCGAGCUCUCUCAAAAAGAUGCAUUUUUGUGGUGGAAAAUCUCAGAUAAACGUGGACCGAAGGCUCAAGCGGAGAGAAGAGGGUGCAAUUUAAAUUUUUUCCGCAUUAGUGUGAGUACGCCUGUGUUUGUGUAUGAGCGGUUUACACUCGGCUCUUUGUUAUAUAUCAGGAAGAAUAGGGAUAAAAACAGGAGAAAUAAAGAGCAGUCGAGGAGGCUGGCAGAGUGGUCUUAGCACCGCUGGGAGUGAAGAAUGCACCCCCUGUUGUCCUGACCUUUGACCUCGGCGAAUGUAGGCCUCAAGGGCAGCCCAUGCCUGUAGAGACACAAUGCUGCAGACACCCAUUGAGCCCUGGCUUUUUACUCCUUUACAAUCCCCCCUGCUUUUUUUUUACUACAUAAAAACUUCUCUGCGUACAGGGUCCAAGUUUGGAUUUAGAGCCAGUAUUCAGGGGGUUGCUUUUGUGCCUCCACAUAAGGGAAACACCCACACACCUCCCUCCUUCUCCCCCUUUCUCUCUCUCUCUCUCUCUGUCUCUCACUCCCUUUUUCUCUUCUUUCUCUGCUCGGUUAUUUACCCUAAACCCUCUGACAUUCUGGCACCUGUUUUCCUCACAAAACCCGUUAAUUUAUCACUGAAUUAUUAACUAAGAGCCCUGAAUGUGUCUGGCACCCUGUGACAUGUCCUGACUUCAUUGAGGGGGGGUGCGGUUGCUGUGGCAACAGGGGGGCCUUUAUCGAAAAAGCAAUUUAGCCAGCGUCUCUUCCCCCGUCUGCUUUCCUGGAGGAUCCACCGAAAUGGCUUGGCUGGUGAAUGUUACGGGAUUAAUAAAAUACACGAGGCGGUAGCAUUUUCCAUAGAAAAGGCGAGACGUGAUGGCCUGCUGAGGUCUUUUAGCGCGACAAUUUUGCAGGAAAGUGCAUUUACCCGCCACAAUGGAGCGUGUAGUGCAGGAUGAGCCUCCGUAAUGAGCCCAGGAGAGUAGGCUGGAGUGAGAGGCCUGUACUUUUUUAUAUUUUUGGAAUAUAGCUGACACUCCACGGGUGUGGGUGGGGGGGGUAAUGGAAGUGGUUGGAAUCGCGGAAAUCUGGUAGCGUUUUUAAAAAUCCUGCGACCCUAGCGGUGCAGCAAUCAGUGGCGCUGAAACCCUCAUGAAAGCAAAGUUCAUGUGGUGCUUUUUGUAAGCUGAAACGACUUGAACAAGAUGAAGCUAAAGGAAAUAAAGAGGUAGGUCAUCGAUGUUGCAUGGAGAAAGGGCAAAGUCUGCGCAGCUGUCACAGGGUCUGAGAUGCGUAUUUCACCACCGGGGGGUAAAGUCACGGUGAUGAAGACUCUUGACCGAGGUAAAGCGAUAGUCGGGUCAGAGCGGCACAGAUGGAAGCGCUAUGUUACACACACGGGCCCGCAUAGUGUUGGCUGAAGUAUGGCUGAGAGGUGGGAGGGAAGGGCUCCCUUUGUAGCCUUGAAGAGCAGCAACAGGGUUUUGAAGUGGAUACAGGCAGUUACUGAGAGCCUGAGAAGCAGAUUGAGCAGAGGCGGACUGCAGCAUGGAGGAAUGUAAGUCAAAACUGGCUGCAGGGGCCGAGAAGAAAGAGAAUUACAACAGUGUAGGCAGGAGAUGUAGGGUGCAAGUAAACAGAUGGUCCAAGUUUCCAGUCGGUCUUAACUGAAAAGAGAAUAUUAAAGAUUUUUAACUGAAAGCGGCUAAAUAAAUGAUGGAAAGAUUCACCAAACUCACACAGCAGCUUUUCUCCUUUGAUAAUGUUCAAUGUUUUGGUGUUUUAUCUUUAUCUUGUGAGUUACAUAAACAGAAGGAAGUCUGAGUCACCGCAGGAGACCGAUUAUACCCACUUUUUAUCUUUCGUGUCACCUAAAGAGUAACUCCGCAUGAAUUCCUGCACAAAGAAAAUCCGUAUUUCUUUACUCAGCUUCAGCUUCAUUUUGGCUGUUUUUCUAGUUACAUAGAAAGCUUGUGGGUGUUACUUUUUACACAGUUUUGUCAUCAAACACCCAAAUAUUACAGCUUGUGGUAACUAGCAGUACAAUAAAGAUGCAAAUCCAGCUCAUCAUGGUCUUCGUUUACUACGGAGUCCAUUUGUGAGGUUGUAGUUGUCUCCAUUUUCUGGUGUCUCAACCCUUGGGAAUAGAAAACAGAUGUAAUUGUCCUUUAAAUUAGAAAGCACUAUUAUGGACAAAUACUGAAUCAACAAAGUGCAGAACAGUAGGAAAAGAUGAGCAGUGAAACAGACGGCACAGCCUGAUGUCAGGUCGAGGACGUGGUUUAAAAGAAGCUGUUGAGAGUAACCAGAUAUCAGGUUUCAGGGAUUACGCCACCAUAACUUAUCUCAUGUUGUGAAUCUUAAAAACUGCACUAAAGGACAAAAUGCACGAGUUCAUCAGGCAGUGCAGUUGCCUGUUAUGCAACAUGAAUGUACAACUUAAAAUAUAAACACAAAGAUCCGAAUUUGAUGACUGCUGCAAAAAAAUGCGCUCAGAAAUUCCUUGAUCAAAAAGAAUAUACAAGGAGUUAUUUGACCAGAUAAUAACAGUGAUACUGUAUUCAUGAGCAGGUUUAAUCAAAUCCCACAAAUCAUUUCCUGCAGUUAGGAAUGGUUUAGGUUCAUCAUCUGGAUGAAUGACAUGGAAAAUUUGGUACCAGCGCUCCUCUUUGGUGAAGAUGUAUUAUCACCAUUUGUCCCUCAUGUAAUGCUCAGAGAUAAAAGACUGUGCUGCUAUCAGCAUCACAGCAGGAUACCUCUUAUGUCCUCAGUUAUAAAGGCCUGACUCUCCUUUGUAGUGCCACUGUUAUAAUGAAGCAGCGAUGGGAGCGUCUGGCAGAUGCCUCAGGCCCGACCAGCCCAAUGAAAGCAGAUCUGUGAGAAGAUAGAGCUCCAGGAACGAUAGGUGAAUUGGGAGCUUUGAGUGAUGAAAUUUCUUCCACUCUAGUUCCUUCAACACGCCAGAAAACCCAAAGCCUACUGACACAAGCCGAGUUUGACCACAGGAUCCGGCUGCAAGUGGCUCCUAAACGGACUUGGUUAAAACUGAAACACAUGUGAACAUAUUUCAACUCCCAGCUCCCUGAUCUGUAGGGUUUUCUCAUGUAAGCCAACCUCCUCUUAAAGUGCAAAAUGUUGCCAUAAAGUGCAACAGUGCAGAGCGGCAUGAAAGUGAUCGCCAUGCAUGACAUUCAACAUGGAAAUGUUGAUCUAUCCCUAAAGGGGAAUCACUGCCCUCCCUUUUUAUGCUUGUUCAUGUACCAUCCAGAGUGGGUAGAGAUAAGGAGUGAAUGAAAAAGUGACCCCGUUUUAAGAAAUUUAGCCUCAAAGAAUAAGCUCAGAGUUUCCUUUCAUGGUUGAGGCGGUGUGUUUUCAGAGAGGGGUAUGUUCAUGUUCACUGACAGCCCUCACAGUCGGCUGAUUUGUUCCUCUCCUGGGUAUGGAUCUGCAGCCAUGCGUGAUCCAAUUAGCAUGAUGAGCACAGGGCAUAGUAUGAGGCUAAUGCCUGCAUGUCCAAGAGAGUAAAUGGAUUGUGAGUAUGGAUUUUCAGCCCUCCCUGGAGUCUUAACAGUUGGUGGGCUCUCUACAGGGGUUAUUGGCCUCCUUAAACCAGUGUGUAACUAUAUAUCCCAAGCCUACCGAUCAGCCCCAUAGUUACACACUCUGUUGAUGCUGGUAAUGAAUAGAGGCGCCCUUCAAGAAAGCUGGGAGUGGCAGCAUGCAGUGGGAUACAGUCUGUGAGCAGUGUGCAUGCUAAUUAAGUACUGAUAAUGUGCUGGGCAUAUUUUCACAGAGAGAUGUUGACUUAGACUACAAAUUAAACAUUUUCAUGCCUUAUGAACUCCUGUUUGUUUGUUUUUAAUCAUCUUUUGUGAAUGUAAAAGAUAUUUUUCAGUGUUUCACACACUUGCAGAUGAAGUGCAGAUGCAUUAUGUCCAAUGCACAAAAUUAUUUAACCAUAGAUAACAAUAAAGAAAGAAAAGAGAAGCAUACCCUUAUAUGCAAACUAAGGGCAAGAAACCGCAGUUCAUUGAGUGGCCACUUGAGGCUCGCUUCUAAAAUCAAGAAUUUUUCAAUUAAGUCCCAUAUGAAAAUGUACAGCAAACUUGGACACGUUUACAGCCUUGUGAUACAUCUGUUUUAUUAUUCAGCUCAUAAAUAUAAUUAUUCACACCACACAGGGGGUUCUUUUUGUAAGUAUUUGCUUUGAUUUUGCUCGACUAAACAUUAUACUGAAUUUGCACAACGAAGGAGACAGCGAAGUUGACCGAUGUGGCUGAGCUGUAGCUGUUUGCCAAGCCACCUCAGCUUCAUCUCUUUGCCUUUUUUUAGGUUUUCAACAGUAAAGAUCGGUAAAGAACAUUUCCGAUAUUGUGUCAAAUAUGCGCUAUCACCAGGCUUCGAAUCAAGUGGGUGCCUCCAGUCUCAGGGAAAUACAGUUUUUCACACCAGUGCAGAAGUGUGAAAAACUGUAGUUCCCUGAGUGCCUGCCAUCACCUCCAAAAGUUACUCAUUAAAGUGUGUAAUCUGAGUUAGUUUAACUGUACAGUUGGUACGAGUUCAACAAACAAAUAAAAGCACCAGGCUAGCUCCUUUUCCUGGAAAGCUGAGCUCAGUUAAACGCCCGUCGUCUGAAGUGUCCAAUUUGUCAUUGUGCAGACACAGAGCUGUAUCAAUCUUCCCAUCUAAGUAAGUGAAGCAAAGACAGUAAGUGAGAGUCGCCUGUCAAACUAUCAAUCUUCUCUGCUCAUCUCUACAUCAGCAGCACAUACAGAAAACACUCUGAAAACACGGGUCAUGUUACCGACUAAUAAAACCUGACAAGAUGACAAAAAUAUCCUUCACAUUACUUCUGAGGGUGGCAGGCUGUGAAGUUAAGGAAUGGGGAGGGUUCAGCUCUCUGAUUUAUGUGGUUUUCUUGUACAACAUAUCAUGUCAUGUUCUGUAUUUAUUGUCUCAGAUGUUGAAGACUGCCUGCAGCUCUCCACAAUGAGACUGUUUUUUCUGUAAAUGGAUCGCCGCAGCAUGUGAUCCCAGUAUUUUCUAUUUAGGAGGAGGAAGAAAGAGGGAAGAGUGUGCUGCUGUCGCUGUGAAACCUCAUGUCUGUGCCGUUUGAAAAAGAGUGUUUUGCCUUCACAAUGAAAGACAUUGAAAACUCAACACCCACCUAAACCCAAGAAAUUCAUGUCUUUCAAGGUGCGCAUGAUAUAUGCUUGUUUACGACAGACUCCAGGACGUGUUGCUUUUGUAGUUACAAGGUCAGUCGUCCUCCCUGAAAAAUAACAGCUCUUUCAUGCUAAAGCAGAUCUAAACCCUCAAAGGAUCUCGCAUGCAGAGACACUCUGAUCUGCAGCCAAAAUCACCAGGCAGACGUUGUUCAAGGAUGCAGUAUAUUAGUGGGGGGACAAAGAGGAGGAAUUGGUUGUGCCUCUGAGGUUUAUGCACAAAUCUCUCAGCUGUUCUCUUGAUGCUCCAGCACGGAAACGGCGCAUCCUCAAGCCUUUGAUUUGGUACAAAGCCUCUUUUCCCUAGCCUUACAAUAACUAUCCCUUGGCAUCAUAUCCUAAUGUAUUUCUAGAGGGUGCUCAUCAACUAAAGUAUAGUAAUAGGUUGAUGUGAUUUUAAGCCGUGCUGGAAACAUGGACAUAGAUUUCUGCCAUCCUGGAGAGCGGAAACAUCUUCACUAUGACAGAUGUUUUUAUCAGGGCAUUUUCACUGACAAUUAAUAUGCUGCUUAGAAUGAACAUUUAAAAUGAGUGUUUUUUACAAAUGCGAUCUGAGACGACACAAUAAAAUAUGAUGAGAUACAAUACAAUAUGAUAAAAUACAAUACAAUAUGAUAUGAUAUGAUAGGGUAUAAGAUGAGAUGAUGAGAUAUAAAUACCAUAGGAUAGGAUAGGAUACAACAAGAUAGUAUACAAUGCAACAUGAUGAGACACAAUAUGAUAUGAUAAAAUACAAUAUGAUACAUGAUAGGGUAUGAGAUGAGAUACAAUAAUACCAUAGAAUAGAAUAAGAUACAACAAUAAAAAGAUACAAUUCAAUAUGAUGAGAUACAAUAUGGUAUGAUAAAAAACAUUAUGACAUGACAAGAUAGGCUAUGAGAUGAUAUGAUAGGGUAUGAGAUGAGAUGAUGAGAUACCAUAUUAUAGAAUAGGAUAGGAUACAGCAGGAUAUGAUACAGUUCUAUAUGAUGAGAUCCGAUAAGAUACAACUAGAUCCAGUACAACACGAUGGAGUAUGAUACAAUAGGAUAUGAGAAAUACAAUUCAGUAUGAUAGAAUGCAGUAUGAUAUAGGCUAUGUUAUGACACAUUAUGAUACAAUAGGAUAUGAUAUGGUAUGUUAUCAUAUGAUGAGAUACAAUAGGAUGCAAUUUAACACAAUAUUAUAUGAUGUAAUAAGAUAUGAUAUGCUACAGGAAAUGAGACGAUAGUAGUAGAUAUGAUGACACUAGAUACAAUAUGAGAUACAAUAUGAAACAAUAUGAAAUACAAUAGAGUACAAUAUGACACAAUAUGUUAUAUUAUAAGAAAGGAUAUGACACAACAUGAUACAAUAGGAUAUGAUAUGACAUAAUAUAAUAUGACAUGAGAGUACAUGAGACGAUACGAAUAGAUGUGAUGAGAUACGAUAUGACACAAUAUGAUAGGAUAUGAGAUGUAUGAUGAGAUACAGUGCAACAGGAUAGGUUCCAAUAUGACACAAUGUGAUACAAUAUUAUAUGAUACGACUCGACAUGAUAUUUCUGAUAAUGAUAAAAUAUGACAUGAUACUAUACAAUAUGAUAACAAUAAUAUGAUUCGCUUUCUUGGCACUUUGAAAGAUGCUAGCGUUAUCCUAGCUAUUCUUUGCUACUUCACACCAUCUAAUUAAUGCCGUGCCAUAUGUCUGUGUUAUGUUAAAAUAGAAGAUGUCUGUUUUAGCUGAUUAAAGCUACCUUUGCUAGAAGUUCACCACUACAUUACAUGUCAUUGCACUAUUGGCUUAUAGCAUUGUUCUUUAACUAUAGAUAACACCCUUUACUGAUGUUCUGGUAUUCUAAGUGCUGUUGGCUGGAUUAGCUCAAUAUUACUGAGACAUUUGUGUUAACUAUAAUCAACUUCUGGCUUUAACAUCAUCAUUUUGACCAAAUUUAUUCAGAGAUAAACGCCGUUACUAUAGGUCACAGCUGCCAUCAGGUGCAAGCACAAACCAUUUCGUGACUUUUGCUAGUGCUGAACCAAUCGCCCAGUUACUCCUGUCGUGUGUCUUCCUCGCUGUCUUUGGGUUAACCCCUGCUCUCAAUCUCACAUCAUCAGUCUGGAAGCAGCAGGCAGCUGAUUGAAAAAGCUGCAGUAACUCAGAGCUGUCUCACUUUGGGAGACUGUCACUGUUAAUGCCCGUAACCUCAUCAGUUUGUGAGCUGAGAUUGAGUUUCCAGAGAAGCGGGGAGCGUGUGGUGAAGCUGUUGACUGUGGCAGGAGCUGGAGUUUGCGUUUGACGGACUUCCAGACCAACAUCGUCUGAAGGCUCCGGGUCGUCUUGAUCUCGGGUUAGACCGUCUGACCUCUGGUGUCACAGAGGGCUGUGGUUGACCCUUUGGAGAGUUCAUGACAACAUAUGUCAGACUUGAGGACAAACCCAUUAUGACUAAAAGAAACGAUGCAAGCUCUCUCUCCUCUGAUUCAGUCUGAAUUUCUGUCUCUAUGCUCGUCUGUUUUAGUGAAGUCACUGUUUUCAUUACCAAACCUACUUCAGGGAGCCUCGGGGAAAGUGGCACUCACUUAGUUCGGCACCAAACCCAUCAGCCAUACAGUCAGAGAACAUAAUUUAUAACAGAGGUACUUAAGUGUUUGGCUGGAUACAGCAGGUAAUAAAUUGGAUGGUAUAGUUUGAGUGUGUUUCACUUAUUUCCCUCCAUUGGCUGUUUUUUCAUGCGUCCCUUUUUUCUGUUUCCCUGCUGAACGGUCGUUGAGGCACAAAAAUCAGAAACUGAGGCACACAGGUGGAAUAAAGAGAGAGCAUGUUCUCUGUUUUUGAUCUCUGAUCCAAGUUCUCAACGUUGGAUUUCACACCAGGAGUUAUUUUCUCUUUCCCUUACCUCUUUUUCCUCUUUUAUCGUCCUGUCUUACUAUCCUUUUCUGGUUCUUUUCCUCUUUUUUGUCUUCAUGUUUAUUCUUGUCUUCCUUAUUUCUGUCUUUUCUCCUCCUUCCUCAUGUCUUUGUCUUCACUUUUGAUCUUAUUCUUCAGAUUUUUCUUCAUCUCCUUUUCUUUUUCUUUAUCUUCGAUGACUUUAUUUACUUCACUGUCAGCCUCUUUUCUUCUCCUCUAUUUUCUUGUUUUCUUUUUCCUUUUUCGUAUUCUUCAUCUUCUCCCUCUCAGUUUUUGUUUUUACAUUCACUUCAGCUUAUUGCCAAUCUUCCUCGUUAUCUUCGUCCUGUCUUCUCUGUCCUUGUCUCCUUCUUCUUCAUCCUUAUUUCCAACUUCUUCAUCUUUGUUCCUGUGUUCGUUCUCCUCCUUCUGCUUUCCUUUUUCAUCUUCAUCUUCUUCUGCUUCUGUCCUCUUUUGUCCUUUUUUUACUUUUUCUUCUUUGUCCAACUUUUUUCUCUAAUUUUUUAAAACCUUUUAAAGUCAUCCAUUUUUUGAAAAUCAUCUUUCUCUUCCCUGUCUUCGUUCCUUGUCUCUUAGUCUUUGUCUCCUACCUCUUUUAUGUGUUCUUCCUCUGCUCCUUAUUAUUUCUUCUUCUACAUCUUCUUCUUCUUCUACGUCUUCUUCUUCCCUGCUUUUGCUGAAGCGGUAACGCUACACCGUGCCGCUCGCUGCUCUUUACGAGCGAGGCUGUUUUCUAUUCACAGCGCAGGACUCUCCUCUCUCUGAUAUGGAAAGUGAGCCUCAGAUAUGUGAAAAGCUUGAUCUACGCUUUGAUGUUACACUGAUGGCUGAACUCUAUAAAUAGCGUGAGUUCAUGCAGAUUUUCUGCACAGAGGCUCCUUUUUUUGACUUUCUGAGACCGUACUGAUAUCAUCUCAUCAUUUCGGAGGCAUUAUCACAAAAUUCAAGGUCAGCGGGUGCUCAUAAAUGCCUAUGAAAGUAUGGGUUACCUCUCCAAGAAGCUCCAGUAAUUCCCACACUUGAGAAGGACUUUGUUUUUUUUAUUUUUUUAGCUACAUACUCUUCCUUUAAUAUUAUUCAUGGCACAGCAGGGGAGCAUGAGUUUGCUCCAGCUCAGCCUCUUUAAAGUGCAGCAGCGUGCUUCUCACCCUCUACUAAUUCACCUCAGGGCUGACUGCUCUCCUGUAUUUUUUACUCUGCCUUCUUGUCUCCUGAGUCUCUUUUCAACCACAGACACUGUGUUUGUCCUAUAAAACAUAUAUAGUGCUCUGUUGACAUUUGUUUCUUUUACACUGAGUUAAACCUUUUUUUUCCAGCUCUGAAAUUUGAGAAAUAUGAACUCUGCGGUCUUUGCUCUCACUUUUUUUUUUAACCUUUUAUUCUUUAUGUCUUAUUCUCUCCUCAGAUGAAACUCUGGAACAAGUACAAGGUAACCAGUAUCCCAUCUCUGGUGUUUGUGGACGCAGCUACGGGGAAGGUGGUGUGUCGAAACGGUCUACUGGUGGUUAGAGACGACCCUAAAGGUAAGACCUGCACACACACACUCACACACACACAUCCAUUACUGGUAGAGCCAGCACUGAUUUAUUUUCAGACCCUGACCUCGAGCUCUGACCUUAAUCCCACUUUACUAAAUGGUUCACCACAAACCAAUCAGCCGCAGAAAUAUCACUCUUUAAUGGGGUAAUAGGAAAACAUUUGAGGGUCAAAAGGACAUGACGGUCUAGAUCAGUUUAUGACACACUUUGUCAUCAUCUGCAACCAUGAAAUCUUUGUGGGUAACAUGCUUCAUUCGUUGACUUUCACAGAGCUGCUGGUAGAUUGAAUAUGGCCUCUUUAUUUAGACACAAAGAUCACAAACCCACAUUUUAUUAUCAGACAGUAAACUCUGAGUUCAACUUUUCUCAACAAGAGCACAGGGGUCUGAGCGAGCACACAUUGGCCAUUCUUUUGAACAUGAAGGUUUUUCUCCGUCUCUGUCAUGAACUUCUGCAUGAACUUGAAAAAAUGAAAAAAUCUAUUUGUUGCUAUAGUCUGACCAAACUUGACUUUUAAACAUAGACUGUAUAUACUAUGGACAACUUGGUUCCGCCUUUCGCCAGUAUUCAGAUUUGAAGCCAAAAAGCUUUCGGUAGUUUCGCGUUUUCUCUCAAUUUCCUGAAACCAACAUAGCGCAGUAGCAUUGUGCGCAUUCGGCGGGAGAGUUCCGAGAGUCGCUUUGACGACACUUGGCUCAAACAGCAUAUCCCCCAGGUGAGCUAUGCAAUCUUUGUACACCCAUAAGCUGUAUCAAGUGUCAAUCAAAGAAAACAUGAACCCCCUAGUAACUUUUAAAAACGGAGCUGUACAGAAAAAAGAGGACUUGAGCACAAACCAGUCUGACAAUAACUAAAUGUCAACAUCACAACCAGGGGGGAGAAAAAAUUAUGUUUUGUGUAAUAAAUUUCUAAAGUUUGUCCACAGCCCCAUAAGCUUUGCUGGUGGAGGCGGGAUUUAUGACCUAUACUGCAGCCUGUCACCAGAGGGUGCUGUUCUCGGAGUGGCUUCACCCAGUGAGGAGGCAGACUCUGUCCAUUCUAUAUACAGUCUAUGCUUUUAACUUCCAACUAAAAUCACACUUCUUGAACUUCAUUGGACGAAGAAAGGCGAAACUUUCCCAUCAAACGUAAAAGACAUGUUCCGUUAGCCUCUCGCUAACAUGUUUUACUAACUGGGAGACGACCUGAUAGUAAAAAGAGAUUCGCCAUCUACCGCAGAAGAAGUGUACAUGCUUCUGUCAAUAAUUCAAUUCUUGCUCAGUGCUUGUAAACUUGGACUGCAGUCUAGUUAAGUCGCCAACUUAAACUGUGCAUGUAGCCAUCCAAUGAUGAAGAAAAGCUAGUUUUCUCUUUAAACAUGCAGCUAAACUACACAUGCAAUUGUGCGUGAGCAACACAUAUAAACAACAGUUGCCAUGCGUUCAUUCAGGAAAUGACCUCAGUAUCUUUCAAAACUUUAGUUUUCAGCUGGACUCAAAAUCACACCAGACGUUGCAACAGUCCAAAAUAAUAUGUCGGGUAUUUAAAGUUGUUGACAGUGAGAUAAGCUGUUGAAAGUACGGCGACUGAGCUCACACCUGCAGACACAUUUUCUCCACGUUGGUGUUUACGACAUGCCCAGUCAGAGUUCCUGGUGCAGACACCUCGGUACCACACAGUUCCAAACAUUGAGCGUUUAUGUUUUCCCACGUUGCUUGUGUUGAUGCUUUUAUAAUUAUGGUGCUGCGUGAAUAUCAUCGCUUCUCUCACUCAUCUACAAACCCUAUAAUUUCUGCGCUUUGAAGUGGAAACAGAGAAUUAACAAGAGCCGACUUGCAUUCCUUUCCUGAACGGAGGACGUCCUCUGCGGCUGAAAAUCUCUCAGUAUUUAAAACGCUGCCUCUUCAGACCCUGUUAGACCAGGGUGGAAAAAACCAUUAGUCAUAUGAGGAGAGAGGAGAGCAGGACGGUGGCAGCUCAGCGUCGAAGCAGACUGGAUUUGGCAUGAUUGUGACAGAUUUUUCAGCCUGGUUAAUGAAGCUGGUCCAAACCUGCAGUAUUAUCCAUGAUACAUUAACUGUUUCUCCAAACUUCAUAUGGUCAGAAAACAGAUUAAUCUCUGACCUCACUUGCAAAUAUGAGCACUGGCAUCUGAUUAUGCCUCCAUGUUCCAAUUCUUUACCACUUUAAAGGGGAAGUGGGCCUUCGCUUUUUGCUUCGUUGCACAUUUUGACAUAUUUUCAUGCUCCUUUUUAUUGGCGAGGCAGACUGGGAGCGGCUCAUGUUGUGACAAAUCAAUUCAAGCUCUGGUUAGAAGGAAAAUGGCAUUAAAGUUUGCCGAAAAUCACGACAGGGAGGGGCGGGGUUACGCUUCAGAGCCCCUCUCUCUUUCACUCUCAGUGAAAGGCUGGACUUGAGUGGUGGUAGACUCGCCUGCAGCGUAAAGAUGGAGUGCACUUUUACAAUCAGGACAACAAUAAAAACGCUGCAGCGGCGCAGUGGAGACAUGUCAUUCCUGCCUAAUGACGCCCUAGACAACCACGCUCUCAUAAAGAAACCAUUAUGAAGGAGAGGAACAAGGUUUUAUUUAUCAUUAUUACCUCCUCUUUUAAAUGCAGCCGCUUUAAAUUCAUCUCUUGAGUUUGAUGGUAACAAAGAAAAGGAAAUAAAACGUGUGAAAGGGAGCAGACAGGGAGGAUUUCUGGUAACCUUCAUCUGCUUGAGGGGCUUUGCUUUCAGUCCUCAUUAAAAGCAGAUUUUGAUGCUGGUCUGCAUUUUCAACGGAACCAAAAUGACUACAAAAUAUACAGCUUUGUGGAUGGAUGACAGUUUAUAUCAAGACUUAUAAUUACUCUCUAAUCAAAAAAUGGGAAGGUGUUUAUUUGUGGCAUGAAAUUAUUUAGCACGUGAGCUACUAAACUUGUAAUUUUGAGCUUGUAAACCUCCAACGUUUGGUCCUUUAGAACAGGGGUGGGUAAUCAUGUGCCAUGGAGGGCCGAGAGGCUGCAAGUUUUCUUUCCAACCCCAAACUCCACCAGGUGAUUUCACUGAUUAGUCCCUGCUCUCUGCUUGGAGGUAAGGUAAUCAGUGAAAUCACCUGGUGGAGUUUCGGGUUGGAAAGAAAACCUGCAGCCUCUCGGCUCUCCAUGGCACAUGAUUGCCGAACCUCUGCUUCAGAAGUUUUGGACUGUGGUUCCAUCGAUUGGGAUUUCGAAAGACUGCACAAAACUCUCUUUUGAUUAAAUGUUCAUGCCUGAUUUGACAGCAUGGUCAUAAUGAAUCUAAGAUCAUGUUUUGAUUCUCUCGUCUUUGUUACAGAUAUCUGGAGCCUAAUAGAACAAUUUCUGAUGACAUUAGUUUCCAAAUCAAAAUUUAAUUCAAGGUUUAAGUGGAUUUUUCUGUGUUGGAGUCAAACCCAAACAACUACUUUAAGAUUAUAAGGAAAUCUGGUCCGCAUUCAUAUUCCCAGCCUCAUUAAUUUUUGAUUAUCCGCAGAUGUCUAAAUGAACACCAGGGUCAGAAUCAAUUCAUGACCAAAUAUCUGCUAAAGAGCGGGAGCUGUUUGAUGUCUUCGAUGUUAUUACCCUCAUUAACUGCUAAAGACUUGACUCUUUAAUUUCAGCAUGUUAGCACAGUCGCUGUAAGCAUUUACGCUUGUUUUCCAACGUUUCUCCUGCUUGUUUUUGCCUCUGUAUCUCUCCCCGUCCUCCAUCUCCUGCUCCACUUUCCUUCCUCCUCUCAGGCCUGGAGUUCCCCUGGGGGCCGAAGCCAUUUGCGGAGGUGGUGGCAGGGCCUUUGCUCAGGAACAACAGGCAGACGACAGACAGCAGCUCACUGGAGGGACACUAUGUGGGAGUGUACUUCUCCGCACACUGGGUGAGUACGCAGACAGGAGAGAAAAGGAAAAGGGGGGGGACAAAGAGGACCUGGAUUUUUGUUUUACUCUGCCGGCCUCCUGGGUCUGUCAAAACACAGAAACAUGGCUGGGAAGAAAGGGCAUCACCAGCGGAGCGGAGCAGGAAGAGACGGAGCGCUUCGUGGAGACAGAUAAGAGAAAGAAGCAGGAGGGUGGAGGCGACUCCAUUGUGUUUGUGUGUUUACAUUAACAGCGGUUGACUCUGGCUGUCAGUCUUUUCACCACCACCUUUGGACCUUUGUCUGAGCCGGCAUCACUCACCACGCCCCUCUGACAUCAUCUCUAUUGUCUCUGUCUCUGCUGGACCUGCUGAUACCCUGAAAAGGUCGUGACUCGCUGAUGCAGACGAGGUGUUUUCUAUCAUCCGUGGACUCUUUCUUUCUGAUGAGAUGCAGCGCAGCCUCGACCCGGGCCAGUCAGCUCGGCAGCUGCCAGAGCCGCAGCCUCAGAGACCAGGCGCUGCAGACCGGUGACGCCUUGAAGCUGGCUCUCACCCCAGAGCUGUGAUAGAUUAAAAAUGACAAGUCACAAAAGCCAUUAGAGGAAUUUAUUUGUGGUAUUUUAACAUCAAACUCCCUGUGGUAGCUGGUGUAAAUCUACCCUCUAUUUGAGUAAUUUCACAGAGGAACUGCCAGCACCUGGCCUGAGCAUUCAUUUCCACAGAAGUUCAUGUGAUCACCCCCACCCCUCUCCUCCCCUCUCCCCCUCUAAUGUUCUGGGGACGUUAAAUGGCCCGUGGCGGAGAAUCAUGACCUAUAUUUCACUCUUCAUUUGUCUUCCCCCUGCAGUGUGAGUGUGAUUUUUCUUUGAGAUUGUGUUAUUAGAGUAAAAACAUUAAACAAAAGCAGAGUGCAGCUGAAGAAUUUAGCAAACAAAACCCAGUAAGAGGACUCUCAUUGUGAACACGAUGAGCAAACUGAGGAGUUUUGUACAUCAUACAGUGUAAAUCCAGAGGAAAAGUCCGCUCUGCUUCUCUAUUGUCGGUGUGAUCAGUAUUCAUGAGUGGAUCAAUUAAAGCGUUUGACACACUGUACCCACUGUAAUCACUCUAAGUGGUAAUGAAGUCCAGCCUGCAUCUAAUCAAUAACUUAAAGUUAAUUUACUGCGUGCCAGAUUAUGGAAUUUAGACUUUUUUAGUACAUUAAUUUAAUUUAUGGUGGUGCAGUCACCAGCAAGCAAUAAAAGCCUUUUGCAAUAACAAUAUUAACGCAGCAUUCAUCGUAAAACUUGAAUAUGAAGUAACACAAUUAGCAAAACUGAGGGAAUGCAGGACAAGGGCAGAGUGACACAUUACCUCAUAUGCAAUUACAACAUGUUUUUGUUUCCAGUAAUGUCUAAAUUUAUGAUUUAACCACACUACCAGUCCUGUGACCAAAACUAUUUUGUAGAAGACAUGGCCAAAAACAAACAAAAAAAAGUCAUGCUUUUAUUUUGAAGGAUGUUCCUGUCUUGUUUGGAUUGCUUUAGUGCCUGCAUGGUUAUGUUGUGCUUUUAUUUUGAAGGAUUGUACUUCAGGUAGAUGGUGAGUCAUGGAAAGACAACACUUAACUAAUCACUUAAAGUUUUUAUAUGUUCAUUUGGUGUUUUUCUGAUGCUACAGGACAAAUCAUGAGGAAACUAAAUUGCAUUUCUGAGUAUUUCUUCAUUCAAAUCACUGUGAAUCUCUGGCAGACCCAAAUGGCAGGUUCAGAAACAGUGAGAAUUCAUAUGUAACCAAUCCAAGCUCCGCCCCCCGAAGCCCCGAUAUGCAGGCCAGACUUUGCAUAUAGAGGAGAAAUAGAGAGGACGAUCACGGAAUAAGCGUAAGAAAGCUAAUUAUGAUAUUAACUUUCUUCGUGUCCCUAAAGACAUUUAAUGUCCGAGAGCUAAAUAGCUUCUUUAUUACCUUCUUCUUCUUCUACACCGGCAAUGUUAGGCUACAAGUUAGCGUGAAGAGGAGUGUGCAGAGCUGCGCUGUCUCCGCCCACGACUCAGAGGCAAAUUGCUAAUGAUCUACUCGAGCUCUGCAGAAGAAAAGCCAAUGAAGAUAACAUGGGAAAAAAAAUAAUAAUAAAAAAUAAACCUCAUAAUCACAAUUUACAGACCACUGAUAACACUUUAAGUAGUAAAAAAAAAAGAUCGAAGCGGGACUUUAAGAGGUGCAGAUGUUCAGUGGAUCAAUACCUCAAAAAAGGUUCAAUAAAACUGUAUAUUGUGACAGCUCUCCUUUUAACCAUGUUUCUCACUUUAUUUCUGAUGUUGUGUGAAAUAUAAUAAAGUUCAUUUUGCAGAGAAAAUUCUAGUAAAUGAAAAUCAUGAAGCUAAUUUCGCCGUUAAUAACAAACUAAUCCCAAAGGGAACUCCACCAUUAUCUCUAAAAUCUCUCUUAGCUGUUUUUUUCUAUUCAAUAUGUACUAAAGAGUAAAAAAUAGGAGAAGUAGUCACCCCUUCAACACGUUCUACUAUUAUUCUUCACUAUGUCCUGCAGAGCUGGAGGAGCUGACAGAAAGAACACAGAGUAUUCAGAGAGGGAAGCUGGAAGUCAAGGCAUGUUUGUUUGGCUUAAUGCUGCCAUGGUACUCUGAUGUCAUCCUAAUGCCAGCCAUACCGUCGACCCCCCCUCCACUCCACAGCCUGGAGAGAGAGUGUUUGCUCUCCAAAUACUGACACACUCAUUCACACACACAGAGAAACAAACAGGCUCAAGCUAGAGUAUUAAAGCGGGAUUAUUUUUCAGGAGGUGUUGGUUUUAUCUCAAAGAGUCUGGAUCUGAAAUGAAAGAGAGAGAUAGUGGUUUUUGUGGAGCUUAUAAAAGCCUUGGGACAUUUUAAACUCCCCACUCUCUUAAAAUUGUCUUUAUUCUUCUUUCUCGUCCUGACAGUGCCCGCCAUGCCGCAGUUUGACCCGCGUCUUGGUGGAAUCGUAUCGGACUGUCAAAGAGUCCGGACAGAAGUUUGAGAUCGUGUUUGUCAGCGCUGACAGGUAGGAUUCACUCUGGACAACAUUUGAAAAUCAUCUGUUCUUGGCUGUUGAGUGAGACUGAUUGUGAUUUGUUUUCUUCGCACGCCCUCAGGUCAGAGGAGUCCUUUAAACAGUACUUCAGCGAGAUGCCAUGGUUGGCGGUGCCGUAUUCAGACGAGGCUCGGCGAUCGAGACUCAACAGACUCUAUGGAAUACAAGGUAUUUCACAUCAACGUCAUCAUAGUAUCAGAGGACUAUUUUCUGUUGGGCACGAUGGCGGAUUCUCCUCAGAACAGAAACACAGAUCCCCGUGCAGCUCGAGGAAUGUAGGCCGCUUAUCAAAUUUACAGUCUCGUUCAUUAUGGAAGAUCUGUACCUCUCCCUCUGCGCCUGGCUCGUUCCUCCUGAUUCCUCCCUCUGCUGCGUGUGCGGAGGACUGCGGCGAGAGCUCGACCUCUCCUGCAAAGAAUGUGAGGAAUGUACUGAGGACGAGUCAACACUGCCUCUGCUCAUGCACCCGUGCAGCUCAUGACGGCCCCCACCACAUGAGCAGACAGACUCCUGAAAGAUAGUUUAUCUUGGAUUGAUCUGUUUCGGAUAAGGCUGCAUUACUUUUUGACAAUAUUGGCAUCUUUCAGCUGUAUUAUCACGCGAGGUUUUCCCUUAAAGGCGUUGUCAAGAUUGCAGCGUACGUUGCUUUGAAACCUGCCUGUUUGUUCAGCAUUAGUGGUGUCUUUCCACAUCUUUAAGCUACCUGCACCCUGGGCUCUCAUGCAUCCCUGUACCAUCAAAAAUGCUGGAUUUGAACUGUGUGCAGAGAACAAGCUGGAUCCAGGAAAAGGCUGAGGUGUCAGGCCCAGAGAAGUGGGAGAAUGUUAUUAGAUGGCGUCCUCUUUACAUGAUACAGUUGAAUAUCUGCAUUAGUGGAUGGAGCAAUAAACUGUGUUCACAGACAAUAGUUUUUUUGAGCCCAUGUAGCGACUUCCACUGCAGAGUCAUGUUUGUUUUUUAAUGCAGUGCGAGUAAUUCUCAGUCAUUUUGCACCGAGGCAUCAAAUUUAAAAUUUGCAUACAUUAUUCAUCAAAAACCAAGGAACUCAUAAUAGGGGCGGCACAGUGGUGUAGUGGUUCACACUGUCGCCUCACAGCAAGAAGGUUCUGGGUUCGAAUCCGGGUCAGUUUGCAUGUUCUUUCCCUGUGUCUGCGUGGGUUUACUCCGGUUUACUCCCACAUCCCAAAGACAUGCAGAAGUGGGGUUAGGUUUAAUUGGCCACUUUCAAAAUUGUCCGUAGGUGUGAAUGUGAGCAUGAAUGAUUGUUCGUCUCUAUGUGUCAGCCCUGAGAUGAACGGGCGACUUGUCCAGGGUGUCCCCCAGCAACCCCGGGUAUGGGAAUAAGCAGUAGAAAAUGGAUGGAUGGAACUCAUAAUAGACUUCUCACACUCAUCCACACCCAAAACAGCCCUUUCUAUCAACUCCGAAGUCAUAACCAUCACAGACUCCUUUAAAUUCCUCAGUACACAUCGAUAACACACUCAAAAGCCAAUAAAAGACAGUUCUUCUUUUUGCGACAGCUCAAAAAGUUCAGAGUCACACACAUUAUCCUCCGUCAGUUCUACACAGCCAUAAUUAAGAGUUUCCUCACAUCAUCAAUAAUAGUCUGGUACAGGAACUUGGACAGUCGCUCACGCACAAAACUUCAACACAUAAUCAACAGAUCAUCCAAAAUCACUGGACACACCCUCCCGUCCAUAGAGACUCUGUAUCAAAGACAAGUCGCACAGCGAGCACUGAAAGUCACCGCAGACCUUACACACCCACAGGUCUUUGACAGCCAACUCAGACAGAUUCAAGAAUAGUUUCUUCCCCACUGCCAUACAGACACUAAACUGCUAUCUGAAGUAAAUUGCAUGCAUGUUUGUAUCCGACACAGGAGAUGGAAGCACGAUGUGCUGUACCUGAAAACAAAUUCUACCAACCCUGUUUUAUGGCCAUUAAUAAAUGAUUCUGAUUCUGAUUCUGAGAAAAAUCACAACCUUAUAUUUGUUAUCUCUGCACUAAUUUCCUGCUCCCCUCUCAAACUGUCUCUGCAGGUAUUCCCACGCUGAUUCUCCUGGACACGGAGGGUCACAUGAUCACACGACAGGGCCGCGUGGAGGUGCUAAACGACCCAGAGUGCCGCCUUUUUCCCUGGCACCCCCGGCCCGUGCUGGAGCUGAGCGAGUCCAACGCUGUGCAGCUCCACGAGGGGCCCUGCCUCGUCCUGUUCGUGGGUGAGUGGCUCUGCGUGGGAUUUCAGUAGCUUUUACAUCGAGCAUAUUGAACGUCAGACUCUGUGGAGAAUUCUUGCAGAGCUGAAUGGGUCAUCGGGGGGCGCUCUAGUGUUUAUCUACCUAUUUAUAUGCUAAUGUAGAAGGUGCAAAAAUAAGAAAACAUGCAGUUUGCUGCUGGUUUUGUGAGGACUGAAACUUAAGCGCUUCUUUUGGAUUAAAAACAAUCAGAAACCACCUGUGCAGUUCCUUUCGCGUCCUCACUCAUCCAUUCAGCAGUUGUCUUUCUUUCCUUGCAUUGAAUUUUCUUUAUCUGCACAUUCUUCCUCUCCCAGGUGGCUUUAUUUACACACUUUAAUGUCUUUCUGUGUCUCUAUUUCGGUUUCAUUCAGACGCGGAGGAGGAAGGUGAAUUGGAGCCAGCCAAGGAGCUGAUCCAGCCAAUAGCAGAGAAGCUUGUGGCCAAGUACAAAGCCAAGGAGGAGGAGACGCCGCUGCUGUUCUUUGUGGCUGGAGAGGUGAGAUAAGGCACUCGAUGCCACUCAAGACAGAGUAAAAUGCCAUUUCAAAGAAAGAAGCAGAGCUGGAGUUGGGUUUGUUCUCGAAGGACGCACAGAAACACACCUGGGAGUGUUUCAUGUGCUGUCAGUAAAUCCUGCAACAGUCUGAUGCUGGAUAUUUGAAGCAGAUGCUGCUGUUAAUAUUUUAACAUUCUGGAGAUCUGAGAGCUUUUCAUCAUUUUAUUUCACUUCAUGUUUUUUUUUUUAACACCAAAAUGUUAUAAACAUUCAUGGCAGGUUCCCCAAAAAGGUGCAGAACAGAGACCUUCAUAGUUUGGUGGACAAGGAUGAGUGCUGAAUCAAUUUUCAUCCGUGCGUUAGCUUUGUUUGGUCUCCUCUGACCUCUUAAAGUGGUGCUAACUGCUCCACUGUGUUUGUCAUCUACUCCCAGAUGUUUUUUUAUGCGAAGCUGUUUAUUGUGUAGCAGGUAGCCUCUAGAAUCUAGAAUCAGACUGCUUAGAUAUCCCUAAAUAUUUCCAUUUCUUUACACCGUGCCUUUAAAACGGUCGCUAAGCUGCUUAACAAUUAAGAAAUAUGAAAAUAGAGAUGUUUAACAGUCUUUGAAUUUACUAACAUCAUUGAUACUGGAUCAGUUUUUGUCUGACCAAUCAGUCAGUCAAGCUCCAAUGAUAUUAUGUAGGUCUCUGGUUUGUGUCUCUUCCCAAAUGACAGCAUCAUAAGUCCCUCAUUGAGCCUCUUGAACCCGCAAGAGUCUUUCCCACUCCUAUCCAUUACCCAGAAUUCAGCCUGGCGCUUUUAUCAUGAUGAGUGGACCAGAAGCGUGCCAGUCAAACUUUCUCCCUCUUUCCAGAUAAUCCUCCCACCUCCUAAUUUAUCUCCUCCCACAUCCUCCGCGAGUGGGACGGGUCUGUGGAGUUUUUGUAACUCUUCUUAUCUCAUGUUGUUCUGUCUCGACCUUUGCGGUGCCGGAGGAGUUAGCAGCAGCAGCAGACGUAAUUACCAGAUUAGACACCUCUCUCCCUGCCUCCCCCCGCCCCUCUGAUCCCCACCCUCCCAGUUCUCUGUGCCCAGCAGUCUGGGAGGACUGCACUGGUUUCUCGUGUCACACACUCCAGGGCAGGCUCAGAUUUCGGCUGUUAGACUUGCACAUGUGCUGACUGUCUGACCCUGCGUGUGUGUCUGUGCAAAGUUGCUCCACCCUGAUGUCAGGCUUGAAAUGUCACUGACAUGCUCACCCUGAACUAGAAAAGCUCAAAUUUUCAGAAAGACGAGCGCUGACGUGAUAAAGUUUCAAACUCAUUGUCUGUGUGUGUUUUUGUUUAUUUGACUUUACACAAAGAAACUCUGUUGCCUGUAACACACACAGCUCUCAGAGUUAUUCAUGAGCUUCCUGCGGUCCAGGUUUGCCUUGUUUCACUCAAGCUGAGGCAGAGUUUUUAUAAUCCAUAUAGCUCUAAUAUAAUUUCUUGGCUCGAGCACAACCAGCUGUAAAAUCAUUGGGUUUCAUUUCCAGAUCAGGUUCACGGUAAAGUAUCACCUCUCCUCUCAGGGGUUCAGAGAGCAGAGCUUCAAGGCUCCGGGCUCAGACUCCUGCACCUCAGCCUGGGUUAGCACUGGUUGUAACAGGCUCCCUGCCAGGCCAGCUGCUGGGUUUUCUGUGUCCAUGAGACAGCAGUAUGCUGGCAGUCUCUCAGGGGGAGGCUGAGCAGAGUGACACAAGAUCCUGUUACCCCACUGACUAAACUGUACACCACAGAGUGGUAAACUGAAUUAUAAAAGCAGCAUGUAGAUCCUUUGUCCUUUCAUUUCUGCUGUAAACUGGCUGAUUCGUCCAAAAACCAGCUCUGGUGGAAUUAUCUAGUCACACAAGAAUUUCACUUAUUUUGAGGCAAACAACGGUGACUGAGGCCUCUUUGUUCUCAUAUGAUCUUUUUUGUGGAUAAAGCUCAAUAAAUAUUAUCUUUUUAGCCGUGCUAGUGGAGUGGCUAGUUACUUGAAUUCUCCUCUAGCGCCACCAUGAGGUUAACCAAUGCACUGGAUUUAUAUGUGGUUUAGUUGUGGCGAUGGUGCCAAGUGGCUGAAUCUUUAUGUCAGUGAUGCCCCCCCUUGAAUUACCUUUCAGUAAUUCUCAGAUAUGAAGCUCAGAUGAUCGGACAGAUGAUCAAACAUGCAAACUUUCCUCAUUUAUUAUGCAAAAAUCAUGCAGUUUUCUGGUCCAGGUCUUGUCGCUGUCUAAUUUGUCAUGCUUUGUUAUUGUGUGCAUGCUUGUGCUUGGUUUUUAAUCAAAGAUGAGCCAAGACAGUUGCAGCUCUGAGUUUAUCCCCGCAGAGCCGAUAGCAUGACAUUGAUUUUCAUACUGUUUCAUUUCAAAGCUGGUAUUUAAAACACAAGGAGUGCAGCUGUUUAGAUUAAAUUUAGAGUCGGGUUACAUCAUGUACACAGUAUUUGCUUCUCAUUUGUUGAAAUCUACCCGGUUGUUUAUCCCACGUAAGCACACAUCAGGCGAACGUGGUUUCACUUUUGGUUAAAUAAAUAGAUGAGCAAAAUCUCCAUGGAAGUAUCCCAAAUUUCACAAUGAUAGCUUUUUCAAAAUCCAUCAAAGCUGCUCAGUGAGACGGACAAAGCCCCCCGACUCAGAGGCCAGCAGGGAUGGAGGGGAGGGGGUUUGUUAUCAUUCUCAGUUCAGGCCUUAUCAGAUGGUCAUCGUCUGUGAAAUGCCACAGCGCAUCAGUAGUCAGAAUAAGCCUGACACGGCCCAGCAGGUCCACACUGUGAGCACACACACACACACACACAUUUAGCCUUAUCACAGCUGAGUGCGAGCUACAGCAGUGAGGCCCCCCGUUUGCCUUCUUUUUUUUUUUUUAUUAAGGCCGAGCUGCAGAGGGCGAGGAGGAGGGGGCGUUUCAGGAAUGGCUGCACCCCACGAGAAGCAGUUUACACAAGCAGAGACGCCAAACAAAAGAAGAUGCAUGACUUCCUAUGCUGGCAGAGAUUACAUCUCCUCAUAUCAGGGAGGCUGGAAAGGCCACAGAGACAGAUUAUCCCUUUUUCUUGAUCCAUAAUCUGCACUUAUCAAGGCUGCAAGCAAGCAAGCAAGCCAGGCAAAGCUUUUAUUUACAGUAGCAGGAACAAGCAGUAUUUCACCCGCAACAACGUUGUCCAUAGUGACAGCUAACAUCUGUGAGUAUUAAGUGGUCACUGUUUAGUGAUUUGCAGUGUAAUAAAGGGAGGAAGCUCACUGCCUGCAAAGACAUACCACACUACAACUCAUCUGUUCCAUCUGUUAGUAGUUUUGUUAGGAAAGCAGAGUUCACAGGCUUCAUCCUGGCAUACUUAUCCCUUUUUAGGUAGCAAGGCAGCCAAGCUAUUCAGAAAGAGGUCUGAGAGCUGAUUGUGUGGUUUGAUCCAUUUAGCAAGAAUAGCUGCAGGAUUUUCUGAUAACAACAGAGACACAACAGAGAGACCUGGAUGCCUGAGUGUUCCAGAAGGGGGGAAAUCCAUCCCGAGUCGCUUUAUCUUUGACUUUGUUCGGACAAAACGCACAUUGGCACACGAAUCAGUAACAGUAUUAACAUCAGAGGCCCUGCCUGCCUGCAUGAGAGGUCCCGGCCUUUGUUGCACUGCCCCCCUCUGGCCCCUUUUAGUUAGUUCUACAUUUUUGGCUUAAUGUGUAACAUAUGAAACUGAUUUUUAAUCUUUGAGGAUCUCCCUCUGAGCCAGAAAAACUUAACUGAGGGGAACUCAGGUCAAGCUGUCACAAGGGAAGUAAAAGUCUGAAACGAUGGAGGCUGCGCACAUUUAAUCAGAGCGCUUCCAUCUUUUAAAGGAUGACGCUAAAGUUCUAUUUCUGAAAAUAUCAGAACGGCGUUUCUCUGUUGAAGAAGAAGUAAAAGUCUGAAUUUGAGAAUUGUGAAACAGGGAUUUCACAUUUGGUCUAAAUAAUUAAUGACUCUCUCAUGCUCACUUGAAAGCUGCAGCCUGCUGCCUGUGAUUCAUGUUACUUGCAGCUACAGAGGUUGUAAUCCUGACUUGUUAAAGGUUGAAAAGUGCCAUCACGCCCCAGGCAGCAUGUGGGCGAGGCCCUUUCAAAUUAAAGCAGAGACAUCAAACCGGAAUCCCUCGCAACAACCGCUUGCAUGUGCUGCUCGGUUGCUCUGUGGUGAGACUGAAAUCUGAUGUAACUGAGCUUCUCACAAUAAAGCAAAGAUGUUGUUGGACCCCCACCUGGUUCCUUCCUGUCUGUGCACACAGCAGGAUGCGUGACUAAGCAGCAGCUCUCUGGUCUCUCUGGGUAGGCUGCCUGCAGGAAGAUGAGAAAGAGUUACAUAUUCUCUUUCAAGAAGUUUGCAUUAAUAAAGAUUGAACCAGGCGCUUCUGAGUUUUAUGGGGUAAUUCUAAUGUAACACAGUUGAGGUAUUUGGCGUUUUCUUCACUCAGAGCAGGUCUGAACUGAUGAGGAGCAGAGAAAUGUGUAAUUUCCUCUCUCCUGGAAGGUUUCCAGUGUUUGGCUUGCAUGUUCGUCAGAGUACUCUAAAUGUCACGUUAGCAUGGACUUAUGCUUAGACAAGGCCCAAUGACGGAGACGGCCUUUGCCAUGAGCAAAAAUCUGUCAAUCUCAAUCCUCUUUAUCAUGCGCUGAAGAUAAAGUGCUCCACUUAAAGUUCAGCAGCUUGUUGAUGCCUUUAAAAAAAUCUAAAUCCUGCAGCUGCUAGUCCUUUUAUCGAGCUGGAGUCCUCUCAGACAAAACCGUGUCUAGGUUGUACAUAUCAACAGAUUGUAGACAUUUCAUUCAAAUAGACCUUUACAUCCUGGUAUGUGAAUUUUCAUGUUUAGCAGAUCCUCAGCUGUCAGCAGCAUUAAAAAUGUAUGAAGGUUAGAAAUAGAAGAGCAAAUAACAUAAUGUAAGAUGAGCAUCAGGAGGCGAAAGGAUGUUCAUCAUCUUAUCAAAACUAAUAUAAAAACAAAAAGUGAAAUCAUGUAAAUAUAAUAAUUAGCUCCUCCUCAUGAGUCCAUAUGACAAGACUGUUCUGGUUUCUGCUUUUAUGCUACCGAUCAUAUCUGGCUACUUUAUUUGUUGACACCUACCCUCCCUCACAGGUUUCAGGUGUUGAAAAUUAAAAAUAAUAAUCAUCUAUCUUAUUUCUAAUGUUUUUGUUUGAUUUUGUUUAUAAUGGAAAGACAUCAGUAUGAAUUUCAGUCUGUUUCAGAAACUUGAAAAAAUUCCUCACAGGAGCUUUAAUUCAGCUGUUUCUGUUUAAUGAAAAGAGAAUGUGUGGUGAUUUAUGUUUGUGGUGAUUUUGGCGCCCCCAAGUGGACAAAUCUUUACCCUCUACAUCCUCUGGUUUUGUCCUGUAGACUUCUUAUGUAUUUUAACAAAAAUACUCACUUCAAACAGUCAAAUGUAUUGCAAAUCAAGAACCAGCGCCAUGAAACAUGAAAUAAGCAGGAUGCAGUAAUCACCUAGUCUGACACCUACCUCCUACUAGUGGUUCCAGAGAUUAAAAAGAGCUAUACAGAAAUAAUCACUCCUCUUGUUUAUGGUCUUGUUUGUUUUUUUUUAAAGGUCAUAAAAAGACAUGAAGAUCAAUUUCAGUCUAUUUCACAACCAUAUAAAAACUCCUUUUGGGUGCUUUAACAAUAAAACAAUAAAGGAAACUGUUAAUAAGCAGUAGAUAAAUGUACGUAGAGUUUACCUUCAACAAUGUGAGGCAUGUACUUAUUAUGUAACCUCAUAUUUUAUUCUAAUCAUGUCAUUUUUUCUCAUCUCCCACAGGAUGACAUGAGCGACUCCUUGCGUGACUACACCAACCUCCCUGAAGCGGCCCCCCUCCUCACCAUCCUGGACAUGUCUGCCCGAGCCAAGUACGUCCGCGACGUGGAGGAGAUCACGCCGGCCAUAGUGGAUCAGUUUGUCAGCGACUUCUUGGCUGAAAAGCUCAAACCAGAGCCCAUCUAAAGGGGACAUCCGGAUAGGAAUUGAACUAAACUACAUGGGACUCGCUCCAUCAUGCCCCCCUCCUCACCUCCCUCAGCCUUCCACCUAUCUCUCCCCCAUGACUGUUAGAGAGAUGUCUCACUUUUUACUGACAUUUUAACCUUUUUUUAGACAUGUUCCUCUUUUCAUGGAGUCCUCUUUCUCCUGUGGUGCCUUGCAUUGAUGAUAGUCCCUACAGUAAUAUAUAUGGAGAUUCUGUUGGUUCUGUUUUUGGCCUUGAGAAAAGUGUUUUUUUUUUCACUCAAUAGCUUUUCUGAACUCUAGAGAAAACCAGAGAAUAACCCAGUGGACCUACUUAUUCAGCUGAUUCUUUGCUUUUUAUGUCUGCAAGUUCCUCGUUACUUUCUGAAUGAUGUUGAGAAAGCUUUUUUUUGGAUGUAGUUGGAUGUAGCCGUAAGCCUUUUAUGGCCCUAUUUAAAGAAAAAAAAAACCUGACAGGUGCACAUACCCUUAAGAUUACAUUAUACCUGCUUGUAACAGACCAAUGACUGAUGUUUUAAGCCCCUGUGUCUUGUCGUGCGUUAUGAUGUGAGUGAAAGUCAUCUCUUGCCAGUUGUUAGCGGUGGUUCUCAUCUCAAAUAUCAUUUUGAGGAUUUUCUGUGAAGGUCCCCUAAUGAGGAGGUCGGGCUGAUUCUGAAGGCACAAAAAAACUGGUGUUUGAAAAGCGUUGAAUGUAUAAAUCCCUGAACUCUGUUACUCCAGUCAUGACUUCUCACACCCAUUAAAAAUAUUCACUGGCAAAGCACAAGGUUUUGAUGCUUUUUAAGUUCUGCCAAUAAAGUUAGCUCUUGAACAUGUUAAACGGACCCAUUAA